GCCCGGAAGGACUUAGCGGCAGGGCUGCUGUGAGAGAGUGAGUGAGAGGCGGUGUGAGCUGGCCAUGGCUGAGGUGAGCAAUGUGCCCGCUGGGACCGGUAACAGCACUCAUAGUAACUAUAGUGAGAGGGAUGGGGGGGAGGAAUGUGAGCUCAGUGAGACCUGGAGACCAAGAAGGGGGGGGAGACAGGGGGAUGGACUCUAAUCAAUGGCAGUAAUUCUGUGUAACUCACUGUGAUUGUCUAUACUAACACUGUGUAUAACACUUACUGUAUAGUGAUACUGUGUAUAACACCUGCUGUAUAGUGAUACUGUGUAUAACACCUACUGUAUAGUGAUACUGUGUAUAACACUUACUGUAUACUAACACUGUGUAUAACACUUACUGUAUAGUGAUACUGUGUAUAACACCUGCUGUAUAGUGAUACUGUGUAUAACACCUACUGUAUAGUGAUACUGUGUAUAACACUUACUGUAUAGUGAUACUGUGUAUAACACCUGCUGUAUAGUGAUACUGUGUAUAACACUUACUGUAUAGUGAUACUGUGUAUAACACCUACUGUAUAGUGAUACUGUGUAUAACACCUGCUGUAUAGUGAUACUGUGUAUAACACUACUGUAUAGUGAUACUGUGUAUAACACACUGUAUAGUGAUACUGCUGUAUAGUGAUACUGUGUAUAACACCUGCUGUAUAGUGAUACUGUGUAUAACACCUGCUGUAUAGUGAUACUGUGUAUAACACCUGCUGUAUAGUGAUACUGUGUAUAACACUUACUGUAUAGUGAUACUGUGUAUAACACCUGCUGUAUAGUGAUACUGUGUAUAACACUUACUGUAUAGUGAUACUGUGUAUAACACCUGCUGUAUAGUGAUACUGCGUAUAACACUUACUGUAUAGUGAUACUGCGUAUAACACUUACUGUAUAGUGAUACUGCGUAUAACACUUACUGUAUAGUGAUACUGCGUAUAACACCUGCUGUAUAGUGAUACUGCGUAUAACACCUGCUGUAUAGUGAUACUGCGUAUAACACCUGCUGUAUACUAAUACUGCGUAUAACACCUGCUGUAUAGUGAUACUGUGUAUAACAUCUGCUGUACAGUGAUGCAGAGUAUCUCUGACCUGCUGUACAGUGAUGCAGGGGAUCUCUGACUUGCUGUAUAGUGAUGCAGGAGAUGUAACUGGGCAUAAUUUGGGGCAUUAUAUCACAGUGACACAUAUAUUAAAUGUUCAAAAUACCCAGCAAAUAUGCAACAUGUAUGUAAAAUAAUAUGCUGGUGUAUCUGCAGGGUUAUUUGAACUGUCAAAUUGCUAUAUGACAUUGCAGCCUUACAGGAUAGUGGCAAAGGCAUACAAUGGGGUGGUGGUGUACUCUGGAGAUGUAGCUGAACACAAUAUUGGGUUUUGAACAAGAAUAGCACAUAUUGGCUUUAUUCUUUGUAUUUUGUGACAUGUAACUAUCAAAAUAACAAAUCCUACACAUAUUAAGCACUUUGUAAAUCAGGUCAAAUACGUGAAUUUAUUUUGAAUUAUUUUUUUUUUUUAAGUUGGACUUAUUUUUGACAAAAGACUGUGUAAUUUCUUUUAGCCUAACUCUGAUUUCCUGGUUUUCCUUUAAAACUAAUCUUUGCAGGUCUAGUUGCUUGCAGGAUGGUCAUUUAAUUUUUUUAUAAAUAAUAUAUUUGAUGUAUUAAUUUUUUUUUAUUAAUGUUUGCUCCACUGCUGUGGAAAUAUUGUUUUCUUCUGGCGCUGUGGAAGAGAAAUAGACAGCUUCUGUUCGUGCAAUUUGUAUUGGAAAGAUUAAACAUAGGAAAAAAGCUGAGCUUCAGUAUAAAAGAAAGAUGUCUGGGCACUCAAGUAGCUGUUAGUGAGCAGUCCUUCUUGGCUUAAGCAACAUUUUGGAUCUUUGCUGGAAUCUUUAUUGUGUAUACAUAUACACACUAAACUUAUCUCAGAGGCAACUACGUUACUCUAACUCUAUGGGUAUAACACCAGUCUUAGAAAAAUCCUAUUUAGCGCUUCCCUUCUAUUCUCCUAAUUUACAUCUUUGCUAAUGUCCACAGAAGAGGUGUGUAACGGAUCACCUGGCACCCCGACUGGGCACCUCUGUUGAAGGAUGCUCCAAGCGCUCUGCCAGACACCACAACCACCGUAGACCCCACAAACCGCCGCAGCUUGGUUGGGGUCUCGCCGUCUCCUACCCAGCCUGGACCUACGACAAGGUUCCAGUGGGUGAACCUCUCCUCCAAGAGUGAAGCAGGAACAAGCUCUUUAAAAGAGCUUAGUAGUGAUUAGCUAAGGGAGUAUGACAAGCAUAGCAAUCCUUUGUAGCAGAUUCCCCCAAUAAGAGACGGCACUCCAAAUUGAGGGUGAAGUAGAACUGUCUAAAACUUUAUUUUACUUGGGAUUAGCCCAUAUGGGCAUUACAUUGCUGUGAAAACUCAAUAAAAUUACAAACAGUCAAAUCAUAGAAGGCAACAUACAGUGACUUAUUAUUACAUAUUUAUAAAUGGGUGGGGAAGACCAUAAUUAACACAAAAUGUCUCUCCUGCAUGCAGAAUUAGCGAUAUGCAAAUCUACCCGAAUAUACAAAUUACCAGUCUUGCUAUUCAGGUAGUGCAUUUUACUGUUGCUACCAACAGAGGGCACUACACAAGCUCCAUAGCCAAAUCCACCUAGUUGGUAGCAAUCCUCAGCAGUACAGGAGAGCAGGCAAUACAUCCCAGGGGCCAUAGUCACAUGGCAGGAGGCUGGUUCCGCCACAAGGUGGGCUUCUGGAACUGUUUCAUGACUCAUUUGCACUCAUACAUUCAUAUUCAUUCUGAAUACUUUUUUUGUUUGACUUGUAUUUCAUCACAAAUUCCAGUCUUUUAAAUGUAGUCACUCAUGACCUUAUUUGCAUAGAAAUUAUCUUUGCAUCAUAAUUUUAUUUGGCCUUGGUUUUCUACUAUAUUUGUAAAGCAUAGAUUUGCACACAAGCAAAAAGCAUAUGAUCUGUUUUCUGUUUGUUUUUGUUUUUUUGUUUUUUCUCUCUGCAUUAUUCAAAAUAUCCAUAGGAGGGGAAAGUCAUUAUGAAAAUGCAUGCAUUUUCCUUACUCUUUGUAUAUUUUAUUCAAAAUGUUGAGAUUUAAAAUUGCGGUAUUUGCAAUUGUUUUUUGUACCCUUAUGGAUUUUCAUAGAGCAAAGGCCAUAACAUAAUAUUUGUUUACUCUUAUUGUGAAGCAGUUGCUAAAAUUUUAAAUCUGUUAAAAGUCACUAGUUUAGAAUUUAAAGGGAUGCUUUAAGCACCAUAAUCUGUAAAGUGUGUUGUAGUGCUUAUAGUACAAGGAGUCACCUGCUGCUGUCAUACUGUAAUCUGUAAAGCAGUCUAUGAACCAUUUGACAAUUGGCUGUGUCAGGAGCCAUUGGUCCUUCUAUUUUAUACUUAAAGCAGCACUGUCAUGGCCAAAUCAAGUGUGUGUGUGUGUGUGUUUUUUUUUUUUUUUUUUUUUUUUUUUUUUUUUUUUUUUUUUUUUUUUUUAUAUAACCCCCCCUCCCGUCUCUACUACAUCUAAUUGUCCCCCUAGAUACCCCAAAUACCCCUAAGUCCCCCAGCUUACCUAUUUUUUAAUCUUUAUUUUCUGCCCGGACCUAGGUCCUGGGCGCCGCCAACUUUGUGUGGGUAGAUGAAGUCCCUGUGGGACAUGUCAUCUGCCCACACUAGAUAGCGCUGUGAAAUUCCUGCGCACGCCCAGUUAAAAACUUGGACAUGCGAAUGGGAAUUUCAUCCAUUCAUUCGUCAGAAAGUCAAAGAAAUAAAUAGAAAUUUCAAACGAAUGAACGAAGACCUCUUUGUUUGUUCGUUUGGUUUAUUACAAGGAGGUAGCUACUGGCUCGCAGCUCCCUCCUUGUAAUAUGUAAAAAUAGAAGUGGCAGGGCCCAGUGCCCCCCACCACUUCCUAAGCCCCCAUGUUCUCCCUCACUCCAUGGGGGUCAAUAUGACCCCUAUCAUAGCAUAAGGGAGAUUAAAAUCUCCUGAAUGCCCCUACUUGCUAUUUCGCGAGUAGGGGCAUGUCCACUAAACAGUGAGCAGCUUGUGACUGCUCACUGCUGUAAAAAAGAAAAAAGCCCCCCUUCCCCCUCUAACAAAUAGCACCAUGGUGGAUCAUCUAUUAACUAGCGCGGGUGGGGCUAUAAUAGUAAACGGAGGACAUAGGGUCCCCUUUGGCACCCACCCAUGAGCGGCAGGUGGGUGCCCUAAAUUACAAAAGGGGGGACCUAUAAUCCGCCCCCAACCCUGAGCAGUGGGUGGGGACCCUAAAUUACAAUAAGAGGGGGGGGCCUAUUGUCCUCCCCGGUCCCCUCCAUUGGUGACGAGUGGGGGCUAAGUGUAAAUAUCCCCCCCCCAGCUGACUAGGGGUCCCCAUGCCCUUAGUCAUCCCCCCACCCAAAAAAAAAUAAAUUCCUACCUACCCCCCUCACCCUAAAAAUAGUGAGGGAGCAGGAGAAAACUAAAUCACUGUAAAUAAAAAAUAACUUACCAUUUAAUGUCUUCUUUUUUCAGCCCCAGAAAAGGCCAAAUAAAAAUCCAUAAUACCCGUCGAACUUUGAAAAUAAAAUAAAAAUCAGACAAAAAAAAGACGUUAAAAAGUAAUCCCUCUUCACCCAACGAGAGCACCAUACAGACUGAGCUCCUCAGGGUGGGGAAAGUCGUAUAAAGCCUUCCCACACCCUGCAAUUGGGCUCAGAGCACUCUGGUUGGUUUAAGCCAACCAAUCAGAGUGCUCUGACAGCUAAGUCUCUACAUUUACCUGUCACAGCACACUGGUUGGAUUUCAAACCAACCAAUCAGUGCUCUGAGCCUAAUUGCAGGGCGUGGGAAGGCUUUUAUUUUCAAAGUUCGGUGGGUAUUAUGGAUUUUUAUUUGGCCUUUUUGGCGGGCUGAAAAAAGAUUUUAGAAAAAAGAAAACUUCAAAUGGUAAGUUAUUUAUUUACAGGGAUUUAGUUUUCUCAUUCUCCCUCACUAUUUUUAACUUUGGUUAGGGGGGUGAUUAGGGUCCCGUCCUCCCCACACCUUUUCAUUUAGGGUCCCCACCCUCUGCUCAUGGGUGGGGGCCAAAGGGGACCCUAGGUCCGCCGUUUACUUGAAUAGCCCCCACUUGUGUUACUCGGGUUAAUUUUUUAUUUUUUUUUGUGAUGUGGUGCUACGUGUAACCAUACUGUAUUAUCUACACCAUUUAUUUCAAAACCUGUCUUCAAUGUACACCUUAAGGACUGGUUUUGAAAUAGAUGGUGUAGAUUUUUCAAACAUCCUACUGACAAAGAAUUGUGAGAUUCCUCAAAUCAAAAUGAAUUAAAUCACAGGAUCCCAACUGUCAAACUAAUGAAAAUGUGAUUUUGAAAAAUGUUAUUUUUCCGUUUGUUUCUUCUAUAAUGGUUAAUGUACAUGUUCUGUGUUUUUUGUUUCCCUAUGUGAAGGAAUUUGCUUUGUUUGUUUCUGUAGCUGUAUAAAUAAAGCUAAAGGUUAAACCUACAACUUCUUUUUUAUAUAUAUAUAUAUUUAUUUUUAUUUUUUUGCAAUGAAAGCAUGUUUAUUUGCGAGGUUGGGCACUAGUUCAUCUAUUCAUCAUAUAACCUAGGAUUGUCAAAGAAUGCAGAACAACCUUUUAUAUUUUAAUCUUUUCUGAAAAUUACCAUUUAUUUCUUUUUAAAGCUUGUUUAUAGCAUGGUAGUUAAAUGUACAUAACUUCCUCGUGUACUUAUUUCCUAUUCUGUGAAUCUCAGGGAAUGGGGGCAAAUGGCAGAUUUAAAGUGGUUGGCAAUGUUUCCUGGAUCUCUUGGUUCACAUUUUUAAAUGAAAUGACCUCUAGUUAUUGUGUUUUCUAUAAAACUGCAGCAUAACGCCUGCAGGUUUGCAGUUAAUCCAGUUACCAUGGGGAUUAAUGCAUGCCUACAUCCGUUUGCCAGUUUCAGCCGGUUCUCUGUGUCUUCUGUGGUGUUUUUAAAAGGUUACGUUUUACGAAUACCUGCUAUAUGCCAAAAAAUAUCAAACCUCACUUGUUUCUGGUCAUCCAUAACAAAACCAACAGUAAAAAGCACUGUACUUGUUCUUACAGCUCUCAUAAAAUCUAUUCUAUUUUAUUGCAUAAGUACUGAACAAUUAGUGUAUUAAAAUAAAAAGAUCUAUAUUUCAGCCCUCUUUGAUUAGCUUGUGCUUCACUUUUCUUUAUAGAACCCUUAAUUUAUCACAUUUACAAAGCCCCUAGAGUGCUCAUUAAUUACAGCAAUGUACUUGUUGCACAAUAUACCAACAGUAAGUGUGAAACUGACUGCCGCCGACCCUAAAAAUCAUUCCGCACUAGGUAAAUGUUUAAUUUACAUAAUGGUCAAAGUGUCAGUGAUAUGGAAAGCGUAAGGCACGUAUUGAGGAAGAAAGUGCUUCCGUCCUGGAUGAAAAGCUGGCUGGCUAUACAGUGAUGAUCACAUAGUGAAAUGCCACGUUGUGACAGCUCAAGGUCACUCUAAAGCACUAACUGUCAGUGUAUCCUCCUGGGAACAAAACAUUGAAAAAAAACAUUCACAGAACAGCCUGUCGCAAAGUAUGAAUAUUUUCUGAAUGAUUGUCGUCUAGGUCAGACUUGGACAAUACCAUAAAAUAGAAUGUUUUCCAAUAUGGCACUACUGGGUCUUACAUUUUGGAAAAUGUUUAAUGCAGAACCAAAUGGAUGCAUACAUUCCUCCAUCUCUCUGAUGUCUUGGUAUAUGUGUCAGCAUAGGUGCUACAGCAUGAAAACCCAAAGGGAGAUGAUGCCUAAUAUGUGGCACCCUAAAUCCUGUGGGUCGUCGGAUCCCUCUCCAAAAACAAGCCACUAGACUGACAUAUCAGACAUCAAAAUUCUAUAUCCCACAACAUUGGAGUCCCAAGAAGUGGAACACCGGUGGGAUAGGGUUUUAAAGGGUCAAUCGAAUUCCUGCCAGGUGAGCUUGGCAUGAAUGCACGUCAUCCUGCAUGUCAAUCAAGCAGCCAUCCCACUGAGGGCCAUCCAUGCAGGGAGCACUUCUUAAGUUCUCUCUACAGGGUCCUAAUGCCCUGAGUGUAACGCAAGCACAUCUGAUGAUGCACUCAUGAUACACUUUUUAUGGGACCACUCCCUGGUGUCCCCAAAACCAGGACACUAGUUAAGAAAGCAGGGACAGGACCAAAAAAACAGAGCUGUCAUGCCAAAAUUGUGACUGUUAGAAAGCGUGCUAUUCUGUAGGUGUAGAGCAGGCUUCCCCAAACACCGGCCCUCCAGAUGUUGCUGAACUACAACUCCUUUUUUACCUUCUACAUGUCAUUGUGUCCUACCUUAGUAUGCAUUGUCCACUGCUCUGAGCAAUUGUUUCUUCUACGUAAAAAAGAAAUAAAAACUAAUAUUUGUUCAAGAAAACAAUUGAAAUGCAUUUCACGAGUUACCAGGAAAGUCCAUGCAUUGUUUAAAUACUGAAAUAUAUUUAAAAAAACAAACAUUUCCUACUGUUCUUUGUUCGUUUGCAUUUUAAGAUUGUUACAGAUUGUACCACAAGCCUUCAAUGCAGGACUUAGUAGUAAUUCUUUAUGACAGUUCUGGUGGAGAAGUAUUUUUGACUUAUUUUAAAUGCUUUGUAAGGAAUUAAGGCUAAAUUGAAGAAAUUUGGAAAUCAAAGUCAUGUAAUUUUUCUAACCAUCAGCAACAUAACAUUUUCUUAUUGCUUUAUAUGUAACUCUUUGCCCCAGAAUCAUCAGAAAAAUUUACUAAAUAUAGAGUGUGUGUGUGUGUGUGUAUAUAUAUAUAUAUAUAUAUAUAUAUAUAUAUAUAUAUAUAUAUAUAUAUAUAUAUAUAUAUAUAUAUAUUGAUUGUAUGGAAAAUAAGAAGUCCAUGGAUUCCGUGUAUUUUAAACUUGCAUAAAUCCCCCACCGAGUCUUUAUCGUUUGUGUGUUAUAAAUUUUUUGUUGUGUGUUUUUUUUUUUUUUGUUUGUUUUUUAAUGUAGAAGUUUGAGCAAUUAUUAUUCCAGUUUUGCCUUGAUGUAAACACUCCUUGAAGCCAGUGAUUUAAAAAAAACCCAAGCUAAGUGUUGACAUGAAUUUUAGGAAAUAGUUUUUCUCUUGAUUAGUAGUUAAAGGAUUCCAGAUUGAUACAAUAAAGCAGUGGAUUUGCCCAAACACUGUCAUUUGAGUGUAAUUUACAAACCAGAUACACCCCAAUAUUCUCUUUGUGUUUGUUUCUGUUGAGAUGCAAGUGCAGUUAUCAAAUGGAUUAUAUGGAUGAUUUGAUAGACUAAGAUAUAUUCUGUUUUAUUCACAGACCAAAAUCUUAGCAAAUCAAAUUGCAAAAUUCAUGCCAAACAAUGUCUAUGGUUAUUAGCAAGACCCCUGUAUUACUAUACGGGAGGUUUAAAACCUCCUGCAUGCCCCCCACCUGCUAUUUUGCAGGUGGGAUGUAUAGCUACGUCACAAGGAAGGCUGCAUGCCAUGGGGAUAGGGGUCCUGGCUACUGGACCUGUGUGCAAUGGAUGGGAGGUUUAAAUUAGAUAAUUGUGGUGUAAAGUUCACUGGCCACUCCCCUGCCCCUAACCAGAAAAGGUGAAAAUAAAAUCCACAAUAACCCAACGCUACUAUUGAAAAUACAAAAGGAGUGAUUUUCAAAAAAAAGUCCAGAUUUAUUCUUUCCAGCGUUUGGUCCAACUGAUAUGUAGACCUAAUUCAGGGUCAUUCUUAGCCUGAUUAACAAAAUCCACACUUAGCUUUAAUAGUGUCCGAAUUUUGCAGUUUGAGGGGCUUGUAUGCAUGGUUUUGCCUCAUUCGGUACAGAACCUUUGGACUUUAUUAAAUUACCCUAUUAAUAUUCCUGUCCCAGUUCUUUCACUUAUAUCUUCAUAAUCUUAAUGCUUCAAGGUAAAAAAAAACAAAAAACUUUAUAUAUUUAUUUCUGCUUAAGUAAUAGGAAAUCCUGUGCUUUUAUAUGCUUACCCUUAUCAGCUACAUAGAAGCAAAUAUUUUGUAAUCAAACCCAUAUAUUUUUUUUUAUUUUUUUAAAUAAAGCGCAACUGAUGAUGUAAGUGAUUUUUGGACUAUAAAAUACUUUCCAAAACAAGUGCCCUUGUUCACUUUCAGACAUAUUUUGUAAUAAUUACAAUUUUUCUUUCAUUUACAGGAAAAGGAAAAGUUAAUUCAGGAGACAAGAAAGCGUUUGACUCAAGAAUAUUUGCAAGGUUGGCAUAUGUGCGCUUUAAAAUCCUCAAUGUAGCUGUAAAGUGGAAGGGAAGUUCACAAGCAUCUGCCAUGCUUACUUUUUUCCAAGUUGGCAAGUUGGCUAACCUUGACACCCCUGAUCUUUGGGAACUAUUUUUCCUUUUAUGCUCACAUUAUGUGUUUAAACAUUGCACCCCACGUAUUUUUAAGAAUUUAUUCCCAUAAACUCCUUCAUGACCCAACAGUUUCCAAAAUGUAAUGCAUACCUUACAAAGGGCUAUUUUUUUUUUCUUUUUUCUUUUUUACAGUUUAUUGUAAUGCAUUUUCUUUGUUGAACCCAUCCAUAUUCAUCUUUAUUUUUUAUUUUUUCGUUUAAUUUUUAAAGUACGUAUAAGUCUAUCUUCAGAUAAUCUAUAUGUUUGCAUGUCAAACUUUUCCGUUUUGCUUGUAAUGAUAUCUACACAACUAAUGCAAAAUAUAAAAAUUAAACCGAAUUUAGAAUAGAUUCACUUAUUAGUCCUGAUUUGUUAAAAUGCCUUAUGUCCAGAAUUUGUUUUAUUUAAAAAAAAUUUGAUUUACAAGAUAAAUAUUGCAAGGCGUUAAUAAAUAUUAGGCCCAAGCCAAAACAUUGCUGGUUAUUCUUUUUCUCUGUUUCACAAGACACAUCAAUUUUUUUUUUUUUUUUCUUUCUAUAUUUUCACAUCUUCUUUCAUUACAUCCACUGUGAGGGAACAGUAAAACAGCUUAAUUGCUUUGUAGCUGUCAUACUAGACCUCCUGUGUAAUAUCUCUCCAGAGAGAGAGCGUGACAGAUUUUAGCCAGAAUGUGGUCAUCGUGGGAAUUGUAGUCCCAACAGCUGUAGAGCCAAAGGUUAGCAAUAGUGAUGUCGCGAACUUGCAGCGAACUCCGGUCAGCUGACACAUCCCUGCCAAUUUCCGGCAGACCCUCCUACUUCCUGGACAGCAUCCAUGUUAAAGGCAGCUUCAACAUGGAUGCUGUCCAGGAGGUGGGAGGGUCUGGGAGGGAGGGUCUGCCGGAGAUUGGCAGGGAUGUGUCAGCUGACCGGAGUUUGCCGCGAACGGUUUGCGGCAAGUUCGCGAACGGUUCGCGACAUCACUAGUUAGCAAUUGAAGACCUCAGAUGCAAAGAUAGCGGAUGAUGUGUUCUAGAAUUGUGCUGUUUCAAACUUCACGACAGGCUUUCUUUAAUUGUAUCUAUGGUGGCAUUUUCUUCAAGUUUAAAGAACAUUUCUAGAAGUUAAAACUAAAAGCUAUGAUACGCAUUAGAAAUGUAAAUCCAUACUCAUUUGCAUGAGCUUACUUAAUUCACUGAACUUGAAAAACUGGUCUAUGUAUGUUUGCUAAUUUGAAUGAGUCACUAACAUUUUAAUAUUGAAAUAAUUGAAAAUAAUCUUUUGGAAAGGAUAGUCUGGUUAGGCAUUAUGAGCCUUCCUCUUGUUCAGAGUUGCAGCUGCUGCUUUUGUGCAUUAGGUCACAACAUUGUAAUUUGUAUUAAAAAUUCAUGUUUUGGUAAAGCCUUUGAUUAAAUUUCUCUCAUUACAGUUUCACCAGAGUGUAAAACUUUUUCUGAAGUACAGCACUGUUUAAUUAAUUUUUCAAUCGGAUUAAGCCGAAUUUUCCAGUUGAGUUCUUAAUAUGUCAUUAAAUUCAAAACCCUGUGUGAUCUGAACUAGGGGGUCACUUACUUUAGUACAGUACACUAGCAGAGCAUAGUUCAUUAAAUUAUACCGUGACACUCUUUAUGAACCAGAAGCAAAUUGGCUGUUUAAAAAAAAAAAAAAUCAUGUGUUCUUUGCACACCUGGCUCUUAGGGAAUUUUUUUUUUUUUUCUCUCUCAAAUUAAAGUACUAUUGUCUUGAAAAAAUUAUGCAGUUUCGCCUUUUUCUUCAGCAUUUUCAAUUAACAUGCCUUGGAGUAGAUCUAUCUCUGUAUGUGUCUGAGAAGGUUCCUAAAACUGUUCUCCGUGAAAAUCAAUAUGCCUGAGAUUACUCCUUUGUGUACUUUCCAAUCACUAAUCUGCCUCCCUAUGUUUCUAUAUGAAGCUAUAUACUGGAUCCAGUUCAGAGGAUUUGCCUGGUGAUUAUGAAAGCUCACCUUGAGAGAACUUAUCCUGGCUUUAUAAGCUCCCAGUCUCACACUGCAGCAAUAAUGCCUAUCAAAACAAAAUCCUCAUAGGCAUUUUGUAUUAACCAAUUUUUUUUUUUUGUACAUGAGCAAAUGUGUUGAGAAGGGUUAUAGCAUUUGUAGGCAAUCAUUGCCAAGUGGUUGUCCUAUCGUAGAUCUUGGCCACCUAUAGAUUAAUGUAAAUACACAAAAGAAUAUAAAACAAAAACAAAAAACACUUGCUAGAGCACACUUGCUUGUGGAGUCAUACUUUAAAUGCAAUCAAUACAGAAUAACGAUUGUCUGUGAUUUCAGCUUAUUGACAAUACAAACAAACUCUGCCUCAAAAUCAAAAGCACACAGUCUUGGAGAUCUUAUAUUGUUCCUGCAGAGGUUUAGAUUGCUAUUGGGCAAUAAAGUGCCACAACAGCUCUAAGGCCAAGCUUGGACAUGCCUGUACUAAAUCAACCCCAAAUUAAUCUAUAGGUGGCCAAGAUCUACGAUAGGACAACCACUUGGCAAUGAUUGCCUACAAAUGCUAUAACCCUUGAGAUGGGUAAUGACAAUCCUAUCAUAUUGAAAACUGAAAUAAUAAUUCAAUACAUGAGUAAUGUGGUGGGUUACUAGAUCACAUGCAUAUACAUGUUCCUUUUUAUAUUUCCAGAAACUCUUUUGUUGUGUUAUUCCUUUGUACUUACUACAUGAUUUUUAUACAUACAUUUUUACUGUUUCUGUUCACAUGACCUUCAUCAUGUGAUUAGGUCAUGUGACCAUUCCACAACCAGGGAGAGGUUUAUCUAUACCUUUUUCUGAAGCACGGUGUUGCCUGUGUACCAUAUACAUGUUUAAGACCACCUUGACUGACACAUAGUAUCUUGUGGCAGCACUGCCGGAAUGAAAGAAGUUGCAAUAAAUGCUAGGUGCCUUGUGUGAUCUAUCCAUAGUAUAUCAUUUUUAUGUUUUUUUUCAGUGACCCUUCCAUAUGACAACAGAACUCUCUCUUUUAAAUUAUUAUAAAUUUAAUAUCACUUGGCAUCUUAAUGUACGGUAAAAACAGGUGGGUUUUUUUUGGGGGGGAGGGGAGUGGGGGUUAUAAUUUUUCAAAUUGAUAUGGUAGGUUGUUGAUAAUUAGGAACUUGGCAGCCAUACUGUGUGAUCAAUGAGUAUCUUCACCUGAUUUCACACAUCUCAGAAUAGGAGUUGCCUAAUCAUAUCAGACGUGCUCUUAUCAGAAUGCUUUUCCAUAUGGUCGAUUCACAGUUUACAGAUAACUGAUCACAUCUUUCCAGUGAACAGUGUUUCUUGACCUUUUCCUUAACGUCUUAAACAUGAGGCUGAUGAGAAUUCUUCGUGCAAUGUUUUGAUCCAAUUGUUUUUGCCCGUUCCCUGCUGCCAGUGUUUCAGUGCCUGAAAUAUAAAGCAUUGUUCUUUCCAGAUGUUAAAUUAUACUGUACUUAGUGGUAUAGUGAAUAUGCCAAAUAAACAUUUUGUUUAUUGUGACAUGUUCUAUUGAGGCAGUUGAAGUAAUAUGUCUGACAAGUUCACAAAUUAAAAUGAGUUGUGGCUUUGUGUGUGUGUGUGUAUAUAUUUGUUUAAUUAUUAUUUUUUUUAUUCAUUCUAGAUAGUUCAGACAAAUAUGAUCCCCGUGACAUGGAAAGACUUCAGAAAGAUGAUACCUUGCUGGAGAGUUAUCUUCUCUGGAGGCACAAUGUAAUAGAGGAUGCUUUGAAGAUGAUUGAUGAAAGUCUAAAGUGGAGAAAAGAUAUUGCAGUAAAUGGUAUGAUCUUUUAAGUCUUUAUAAUGUCUACAAAUUACAUGCUUUUUAGUUUCUUGGUUUUGCUUUGAUGGAAUUAAAGUUUCUGCAUGAAGUCUGACUAAAUGUCAAUUUACUUUGCUCGGGAAUGUGAUUUUUCUUUUUUCCUCCCUUCUAAUCAUAUAGGUUCUUUUUAGUAAAUCACUUUUUUUCCCCCACAUAUUUUGUUUCACUCAGGUGAUCUGGUUUCUCACUUACACAGCAGGGAACAGGAAAUCCCAUUUUGCUAAAUCAGUCAUUGUGCACUGGGGAAAUCUAGAAAUUAAGAUAUCCUUUCUAGCUUCCGAAAUCUGCUCUAUCAAAGAAAGGACACAUUUUGUUUUGUUCAAAAAAAGAUAUUUUUUUUUUUUUUUUGUUGGUUUGUUUGUUUUUUGACAGAAUAUUUCUUUUUUUAGAAUAUUGAUUUUAACAAUUACAUGUACAUAAUGUUACUUAAUACAGGUAGACCUGUUACAGCGAAAAAAAAAAAAAAAAUAUAUAUAUAUAUAUAUAAUUAUUUUUAUUUUUUUAUGCUCAAUUUAAUAGCAAUUAACUGCCAACAAUUAUGUUUAGUUCAUGUUAACAUAUGAUUUUAAUUCAAACUAAUAUUUCUAAUAUAAAUGUACGGAGACCACAGUUUUAUAGGUGCUCAUUUCAUAUUUAUAUUUGAUGUUCCCAGGCAAUCAUUGUCAUGCAAAUUGUUCUGAAAUUGAUUAUGCUAAUGCAGAAAAGCAAAUUCGACCUUUGCAAUCUUUCUAGCAAGGGUGGAGUUAUGGGUGCAUGGAGUACCCUUAGUUUGUGUCAAACCAUUUGAUACAGAAAUAGGGAAUGUUGCCUGCAGCACCAAAACCACAAUAACCGCUUUUGGAAUACAUCUGUAUUCUAGAGGUGGGAAAAAACAAGCUGUUAUUCUAUUACCAUUUGGGCAUUCUCUCUUCAUUGCCAUUUUGAAUUUUUAGCAAAUUAAUAACUGCAAAGCAGAGGUCUCUGUGUGUAUUCCAUUAUGUGAUCUUUAACAUUUCUGUUUAGUGAAUGAGUGAGUGCACUAGAUGAGUGUGUGCGUGUAUAAAUAUAUGCACACACAUAGUGUGCUGAUUUUGAGAAAAAUGAGGGCAGGAUUGGCUGUGAUUUCUUACCACUUCCUGGUCCUAAGAUAAGCUGCAGAUGUGCAUUAAAGGAUGAAUUAGAGGUGAGGAAUUUUAUAUAUUUUGUUUCUUAAUUUAUUUUACAUGUUUGACAUGCUAUAAUUCCAUAGUGUAUGUCUAGAAGGGUCAACAUUUAGCUUGGAGUUUCCCUUUAAGCACUCAUACUAGCUGCAAAGACUCCUCUGCAUAAUAAGAAUUCAAUGUCAUCUUUCAAAGUGAAAAAUAAUAGGGUUGAUUAGUAGAUAGGAUGUUUGAAGUUCCAGCCUUUUUGACGUCGGGCAUACUUAUGAGCAAGCAAAAUUCCCUACUGAUUUUUAUUUUGAAAAAUCGUAUUUUGAUUCAAAAGACCUGUCACAUGUAACAAGCAAGAUAUGCCUUUUUUUACGGUAUUACAGUCAUGCCCUGACCUCUAAAUAUCCUUUCACCAAAAGCAUCCUUUGAGAACAUUAAGUAACGUGCUUAAGCACUCUUGGCACUUGAUAAGUUCAUUUCUGAAAAUGUUUACAAGGAAUAAUGACCUUUAUCCACUAUUGCCUCUCACACAGAACCCCACUCAGAAUUCUAUUUGUAAGUCUUGGAUUUCUGUUUUCUUAACUUCUGCAAAUGAUUCUGCAUUGAUUUAUUUUAUUUUUGUUAUCCUGCGGAAAUUUUUUUUUAUAAACUCUUUAUAAUUUUGUUUUUAUGUUUUAACAUAUUUCCCAGAUUCUUGUGCAUAAGGAAGGUUGAUUUUAGUUCUGUUAUCCAGAGUAAAUGAAGACUCCAAAUAACCAAGUUAUCAGAUGUCUUCAUAAUUUAUGCUACCUAUAAUGACCAUCUAUUAUAACCUUAUGCUGACUAGUUAAACUAAUAGGUGCAAAUGUUGCAACUCUGCCACCCCUUCCUGCUAGUCCCUUCUGCCUUGUGGUCAUUGUAUAUCCUAUACCCUUUGGACAAUGGAGGGACUUAACCAAUUGUCACAGCCUAUUCUAAUUAUCUCAGUGGUAAAAGAGGGAUGGGUUUUACUUGCCAAGGGAGCCCUAUUUUUAUUAAAGCACUUAAAAAAUGAUUUGUUAGAAACCAGAGGAGGUGCACCCAAAUUCUGUUUCACCAUAACAGUAAAUUGUUGUGCAUAGGCUGUCCCUUUUCAUGUUAGUCUACUGUUUGUAAGUGUUCACUUUGGUGGAAAUAAAGUUGUAUUGCACAUUAAAUUAUACUGUAUCUGUAGCGGAACGCUAGUCUCUCACAGACUAUUUCCGCUGGUAGUCCAGGUGUGGCUCAGGAACAAGUAGUAACCCCAGGAGAAACAUCCACAGUAAUAGAAUAAUCCAACAGCGUAGCAAGCACAAUCAGCAAGACAAUCCAAUAAUAUCCCAUCACCUUUCCCAAUAACUGGGCGACACACAGUAUCAGGAGCAGAACUUAACUGAGAUUUAAUUUCACAUGCAAUGCUCCCAUGCAAGGGAGACACCCACAAGAAUUAGUACAUUCACCAAUCGGAUACAUGUUACCUCCCACACAUCUCCUCCCCUCUGCCUGUGAUACAAUUAUCUCAACACAAUAGACUAACUUAUUUAUCACAGGCAGAGAAAUAGUUUUUACAAAAUAUUAAUAACUUCAAAAAUAUACAUGCCACAAACAUAACUCGAACUCAGCACACUUUAAUUAUAAACAUAUCCAAAAUUCAGCCAAUUCCAUCCAGGGGUUAAAAAGUUAGCCGGAGGUGCCUUUUUGACCGACCGCAAGCACAUUUUCAUGCCCAAAACAGUUCCAUAGAUUUGGGCUGUGCGGUCGGUCUAUUUCAGGCUGAAAAAACGACUAAGUCCCAUCGCCGAAUGGGACUUAGUCUCUGCGGCUGCAAAAUCAUUGUGGGAGAAGGUAAGGCUCAGCGGUGUUCGCGGAACUGUGUAGCCGAUUUCAGUUCCAUGAAUUUGGCUACACACACCGCUGACCGCAUUGAAUAAAAAAAGAUGGCCGCCGCCACAUGUUCGUUUGCACGAACAGCGGCCCUCCAGCGUUCGGCAAUUUACCUACAGCAGGCUCCCAGCCUGGGAGGUAAAUUGCCUGCACACUUCCAGCUCUGGGUGGUCCGCCUGUGCAGUGAAUGGCUCGGUAAGCCCCAAUUACCGAACCAUAAGGGGAAAAGCCAUUUAAAAGUUAUUUCCAAAGUCUGGGGACAUUGGGGACACCAUCUUAAAGGGGCAGUGUCCCAAACAAGUCUGGGGACACAGUUUUAAAGGGGCCUUGUCCCAAAUAGGUCUGGGGACACAGAUUUAAAGGGGCAUUGUCCCAAAUUUUCGCCAUGCCCCAAAAUUUUCGCCUAGCCGCACCAUACAAAUCCAAUAUGCCCAAAUAUUGUACUUAAAGGGCCACAUCUUCCUGGGACCAUAAUCACUGGGUAGGAGGCGGGCCCCCUCCAAGAAUACAUGGCAAACUCCGUUAAAGGGGCGAGUUUGCUACAGUAUCUCUGUUGGCCUGGCAUUCAUUAACAAUCCCACAUACAGGAAGGGUCAUUUAAGCAGCUAGAAGGAAAAACAAGUCUAGCAACUACUUAGAAAAGUUCUCCUAUGUGAAAAUGAACGGUACAUUUAGCUUUCAUUCAUUUCCAGUUGUAAAAAAGGUCUCUUUUUAUUGACCUUAGAACAGGCAACCUUUUGCAAUCCUGAUUUUUAUGGAUUACAUCUCUCAUGAUGCUUUUCCAGGCUUAUGUCUUUAGACGCAUUGGAGGUGCUGUUCACAACAUCUGUAAUGCCAAAAGUUGUCUACACUUGAUUAAAGGGACACUAUAGUCACCUGAACAACUUUAGCUUAAUGAAGCAGUUUUGGUGUAUAGAACAUGCCCCUGCAGCCUCACUGCUCAAUCUUCUGCCAUUUAGGAGUUAAAUCCCUUUGUUUAUGAACCCUAGUCACACCUCCCUGCAUGUGACUUUCACUGCCUUCUAUAAACACUUCCUGUAAAGAGAGCCAUAUUUAGGCUUUCUUUAUUGCAAGUUCUGUUUAAUUAAGAUUUUCUUAUCCCCUGCUAUGUUAAUGGCUUGCUAGACCCUGCAAGAGCCUCCUGUAUGUGACUGAAGUUCAAUUUAGAGAUUGAGAUACAAUUAUUUAAGGUAAAUUACAUCUGUUUGAAAGUGAAACCAGUUUUUUUUUUUUUUGUUUUGUUUUUUGUUUUUUUCAUGCAGGCUCUGUCAAUCAUAGCCAGGGGAGGUGUGGCUAGGGCUGCAUAAACAGAAACAAAGUGAUUUAACUCCUAAAUGGCAGUUAAUUGAGCAGUGAAAUUGCAAGGGAAUGAUCUAUACACUAAAACUGCUUUAUUUAACGGAAGUAAUUUAGGUGACUAUAGUGUUCCUUUAAGAAGAGGAGGCUGAUUUCCAUCCUUUAGUUUGAAAAGGUACUAGAGAAUCUGGAGUUGAAACACAAAACACUGAGCCGAUUAAUUAUGGGUCGAAAUUUGCUUGCUAUAACAAUAGUUUUUUUGUUUUCUUCUUGGAUGAAUACGGUAUAAAACAUCAAAAAUAGAAACCUGACUUUUUGAGAUUUAGUCAUGCUUGAUGUAGAGUCGGAGUGUGUACAUGUUGUCAAAUUGCCUAUUCAUGACGUUCCAUCCUUUUAUCUUCAGAUCUGAGUGAAACCAGUCUUCCAAGGUGGUGUUUUGAAAUUGGUGCUACUUUUCUGCACGGAUACGACAAAGAAGGGAAUAAACUAUGUAAGUUUGACUUACUUUAGUCUCACAUUCUGUUUGUGUCAAGGGCGGGAAUAAAAAGAGGAACCAGGGAGAGGAACAGCAGACUAUCUUCUAUUACUAACUUGUUGCUCAGCCUGCUCUGCAUACCAUUGGUUGCAAAUUGCAACAUUAAAGGAGCACUAUAGUGUUGGGAUUGCAAACCUGUAUUCCUGACAUUAUAGAAACACUCUGCUCCUCUCCCAGGACGAAAUAAAGGGUUAAAUAACCCUUUAAACAUUUACCUUAUUCCAGCACCCGAUUUCAUUUAUGCUGGGUCAGGCUCCUUCUGCUUCGACGUCUGCGAUCAGGAUAACGUAAUGCACUUGCGUGGGGACACCGGCUUGUGCAUUAAGCCAUCCACAUAGGAAUGCAGUGAAUAUCCUUUGUGAUUUCCUAUGGGGAUUCUGAAAAUGUUGGACGUCCUCCUGGAAGGCGUGAGGACGUCCACCGUCGUUUCACAAAGUCAAACUAUGUGAAGCAGCAGGACCCACCUAGUGACUGUCUGGUAGGCAAUUUCUCUAAAACUGCAAUGUUUUAGAUUGCAGGGUUGAAGGGAUAGUGGCAGUGCACCCAGACCACUUCAAUGAGUUAAAAUGAUCUGGGUGCCUAUAGCUUGCAAUGGCUUGCGACCCACUCUAGAACUUUUACAUUGUACAGCCUUUUCAUCAUCAAAUAGGUAAAAUGUAUGGUGCAAUACACUUAGCUUGCCAUUGUGUGUUUUGUAUGGGCAAAGCUAAUUUCUUGUAUGAAUAAAAUGUUCUCUCACUUACAAAUUUUACUUUACUACAAGACAAUAUACAGAGUAAUAGAAAAUGCCAGACUAUAUAAUACUUUUUUUUUAUUUUUAUUUUUUUUUAUUUUUUUUUUAUUUUUUUUUUACCCCUUCUGCAUUUUAUGAAAUGUUAAAUAUUUUAGGCAUCUUUGACAUUUGCGUGACUCCAUUGCCAAGGAAUGUGUUAACUUUUCCCGGGUUUGUUUUUCUAUUUUUCAAUCCUAGUUUGGCUUAGAGUCAAGCUUCACAUCCGUGAUGCUAAAACAUUUGAGGACAAGAAGAAAUGUGUGGCAUUCUGGUUGGAGCGGUAUGCCAAAAGAGAACCUGGAAAAUAUCUAACAGUGGUGUUUGACAUGACUGAGUGUGGACUUAGCAAUAUUGUAAGUUCUCAGUAUAUCGUGAAUCAAUUUAUAUGCUGUUCUUGUCUAAUGCUAACUCACAUUGAACAUUUAACAAUUGGUUGAUGACAAACAGUAUGCCAAAUAACCUGUAUUAAUCCAUGUAACAAACAGUCUUGAACUUAUUUUACCUUUCCGAGUAUAUGGAGAUGAGAUUUGCACUUUACCAUCUAUUCCCAUAUUGGUAAGUAGUUUUUUUUAACCUGGGGUAAAAAGGAUAUAUAAAUUGCACAGACUGCAAUUUUGUCAAACUGUAGAGGCAUAUCGGCAGGUGAAACAAUAUAACUUACCGUACAUAAAAUUGUGAUUUUUUUUUUCUUUUUUCUUUUUAUAAACAUGAGUUCCAACCAUCAUAUUUGUAUUUUUCUAUCUCUGUUGUCAGCAGCUGAUAUAAUUAAUCAUAAGAUAAGAAUUUAAAGCAAAAUAUAUAAUCUGGCAAGCAUAUGAUGUAAUAACUAUUUUUACGUUUAUGCUAGGCCAUUUUUGCCAUGGCAAACUCCGUUGAAUUGUGGGGUUUUCUCCAAGCAGAUGCAUGUAAGAAUCGUUUGAAGUUCAGUCCUCUAUCAGGAGCAAUAUUAGGCAAUAUCUUCCAUCACUAAUGCUUUCAAGCCAAUCACACAACCGUCUCAGAGACAUGAAAACAACUGAAUGCAUGUUAUAGAGCUGAACACAUCAAAAUUGAGAUGGAUAUCUUUUGUGUGAUUUUGCAAUUUUUAUAGAUUGACCCUUUCAUUUGCCCAUUGUAUCCCUUAAGGGGAAUUACUUCUUAAAUGUUGAAUAACUAACUGUGAAAACUCUGCUGUCAAGUUUUUCACGAGAAAAAAUUACUAUUUGUUCUUUUUCUAAGUAGAUUUACAGAGUUCAAAGUGGUUCAUUUUCUAUUACCUCUUUUUAAUAUGUUCUGGCAAACUUCAACAAAGGGCUAUUUGUGUAAUCUCCAACAGUCUGCAGCUUCCUGAAGCCAAUAAUAUCUACUGCAUAAUAAUGAGCUGUCUGAUAUCAAAUGCAAAAGAGAUAAAACAUGGCUUUCAUUGCAAUUGGGUUCAUUAAAAAAGGUUGUUCUUGAGAUAAUAUGGAUUUGCAUCUACAAUUCUCCUGGGUUUUUCAUUUACAAAGUAAAAUUGUGAUAUUUUCCCCUGCGACUUUUUUGAAUUUGAAGUUUGAAGUAAUAUAUUAUUCCUUGCCUCAAGGACCUAUUUCAUGUAGAGAUUUUUUUUUUUUUUUUUUGUGUGUGCCCUGAUUUAUCAUAUAGCUGCAACAACGUGUCCUAUUAAUAAUAUGGAAUAGAAUGUAGUAUAUCUUGAAAUACAAAUUAUUGCUGAUAGCUUGUUAAGUACAUCUUGUGUGGGGUACAACACACAUAUAUUACACAAGAUUUGGCCCCCAGCAGCACCCCAUUUAUGCAUGUUCAGGUGAGUGAUAUAUAUAUAUAUAUAUGUAUGCACUUUACGAAUACUAAUUUACUAUAUAUAGUAAAUGCAGCCUCCCUACCCAGUUUCACAUACAUACAUACACACAUAUAUAUAUAUAUAUAUAUAUAAUGUGUAUGUAUGUGAAACUGGGUAGGGAGGCUGCAUUUACUAUAUAUAGUAAAUUAGUAUUCGUAAAGUGCAUGUAUACUGUACAAGUAGAACAUGUGGUCAAUAAGAUAAGCUACUGUUAGUGUUUCUCCAAGCUCCAUAACCACUACAGUGAUUUGAAGUGGUCAUAGUGCCUAAAGUCUGUGUUUGCAGCAUACUCUGGAAAUACGGAUCUAAACACGUCCACCUUUGGUAGCGUCACUGGGGUAUCAUUAGCCAGCUCGGAACGAGUUGCUUGCUAAUGUCAAUUCUGCUCAAAUCUUCAGACACAGAAUUGCAUUCAUUGGCUGAGAGUGGUCAGCCGAAGCUGUCAGCCAAUAAAUGGUGACUAGAUUAGCUCCUGACCUCUGCAUGUGGUGACUAGAUUAGCUCCUGACCUCUGCAUGUGGUGACUAGAUUAGCUCCUGACCUUUGCUUUUCCCAUUUUUUUUUCUUUUUUUCUUUUUUUCUUCAAUGCUAUUUGGGCUUAGAGUCAAGCUUCACAUCCGUGAUGCUAAAACGGAGGUGAACACCAGGAGCCCUUUGGGAAUAGGGCAAACUAUUACUAAACUGCUUGCUUUGUUACUGGUUAACCAGGCUGACAUUAUAACCAUUACAGUGGGCUGCAGUGGGUAUGAUGCUUGGAGUAACCCUUUAAGUAUCAGAUAUCCAUACACCAUAGGAUUUUUUUUUUUUUUUUUUAAAUAAUCUUUAUUGUUUUAUAAAGAGGUAACAAUAGAAGCGUCAAAUUUUACAUACAACACAAUACAGUAUCGUACAAAAUAUAUGGUGAUAACAUGUGCAGUAGCAUUAUUGUCUCAGUGCACGUUAUACAUGACUUUAUACAAAUAUACAUCUUCGUGAAGGAAUAAGCCGUCUGAUGCAUUAAAUACAUAUAGUGAUCCUCAGGUAUAAACAAAACUAUUGAGAUAGCCUUGAAAGCUAGACCGUUGUCACAAUAUUUUAGCCAUGGCUGAACUGACCGCACUCCACUUCUACAUCAGUAGAUAUCUACAUGGUACACUAACCAAGUACACAGUAACAGGAGAGCAGGUAUGAAAGCAUAAAAUGAAAGAAAAAAUUCAAAACUGUGGAAAUAACAAGACAUUCCGUCGUGGUGUCUUUCCAAUGGGAUGCAAUGCUAAUUUUUGCUGCCACCAGUAUGUUUAAUACUGCGUCUCUGGAUGGUAUAUCACGUAGGUUUGGGAUAAUGUGGAGCAAAUAGAUUUCUGGAGCUAGUGGGAAAGUAAUCUUACAGAUUGCAUGGAUGGUUGUUUGUAUGGCCUUCCAAAAGUGUUGCAGGUUAGGACAGUGCCAAAAUAUAUGUUCUAUAGAUCCUAAACCAGAGUUGCAGCGCCAGCAUGUUGAGGGAGAUUUGGGAUAUAUUUUGUGAAUCCUGCUCGGGACUAAGUACCAUCUCAUUAACAUUUUAAAGUAGGCUUCCCAGAGUGUGACACAUUUCGAAGAUUGUUUAGUGUAAGUGAUGGCUUGUUCCCAUUCUAUGAAUGUUGGGGUUACCCCUAACGAUGUCUCCCACUGCUGCAUAUAAGGUAGUUUGGAGGAUCCGUGAUUGUCAGACAACGUCAUAUAACAUAGGGAAAGAAGUUUGCAAGAAGGACGAAUCAAUUUGGCAUGGUAACAUUGUGCACCUAUAUUACUAAGUGACAGCGGGUCAGUGAACUCAAUCGAUCGUGAUAUUAAAAUAUGUUUAACACGUAAAUACAUGAAAAUAUCUCUCGAUGGCAGUUUAUACCGUUCUUGCAGUGUUGGGAAAGGAUGGAUGCCAUCUGUACCAAACAGUUUGUGUACAUGUGUGACACCUAAGGAUGACCAUUUAGACGUUUGGAGGUCGGGAGAGAAGGUAGAGAGGGCCGACAAUGGUGCGAGGUACAAUAACUCUGCUUUUGGCCACAAUGCUGUAUUCCACGAAGACCAUGAUUUUGUAAGAUAUUGUGAUGUUGGAAGCGUGGAGCGUAUUGCUAAGGGGGUGGAUGACCAUAGGGCAUCAUAGAGGGAGUGUGAACCCCCACAAGCGGAUUCUAGGUCUACCCAUACUGGUUUGUGUGUGCCCAUCAUGACAUUGAGGCUUUGCGACAUCAGGGUUGCUUUGUAGUAGAGCAUGAUGUUAGGAACGUUAAGGCCUCCUUUCUUGAAUGGGCACCAUAAGGAGCGGAAAGAGAUUCUUGGGGGUUUUUUCUUCCAAAUAUGAGCGUUAAUUGCCCUUUGGAACCGUUGAAGGAGCGAAUUAGGUAAGGCGAUAGGUAAUGACCUAAACAGGUAGAUUAUAUGUGGCAGAAUCAUCAUCUUGAUAGAAUUUAUUCUACCAAACCAUGAUGUAUAGAGAUUGCUCCAAGAAUCCAUCUGUUUAGAAAUAUUGGACAGGACCGCAAUGUGACUUUCCUUUAUAGUUAGGGAUUUAGAGUGCGUUAAUUUGAUACCUAGGUAUGAAAUUGCGUUAGUUUGCCAUGCAAAUUGGUAGGUAUUUUUCAGUUCGUUCACGAAUUGCUUAUCAAGUCUUAUGGGGAGUAUCUGGGUUUUAUUAACGUUAUUUUUAUAAUAGGAGAUAUCUCCAUAUGUGGUCAGUGUGCGUAAUAGGUGAGGUAUGGAUUCAGAUGGGUUGGCUAGAAAGAGGAUCACAUCAUCGGCAAAGAGUGCCAACUUUUUUUUCUCCAGCCGGAGUAUCUAUGCCGGGUAACGCCGCAUCAAGCUUGAUCGUUCUUACUAGAGGUUCCAAACAUAAGAUGAAGAUCAAGGGUGACAAGGGACACCCUUGCCUCGUGCCAUUAGUUAUACGAAAGUUCCUUGAGGUGAAGCCGGAACUAAAUACCUUAGCAGAUGGAGCGGAAUAUAGGGCCAUGAUCACCACCAUAGGAUUUUUAACAUUCUGUCAAACAAAUAGAAAGGGGUGUGGGUACAGGAGUCAGUAAUGGAGUUGGAGCAGUGGGAAAGGUUAACCUGGUUUUACAGAAAUAGUUUUACAUUUGUAAAUAUGCUAAUGUAGCUUGUAUAACAAAAUAUGUUUGUUUCUCUUUAUUUUUAGGAUAUGGAUUUUGUGCGUUUUGUCAUCAACUGUUUUAAGAUUUACUACCCCAGAUACCUUUGUAAGUAGAAUUGUAGUUGCCUUGUCCUGUGUGAAAUAACCAUGGUACAUCUAUAUAUAAGCAAGACCUAAUUAGCAAUAAAACAUAUACUAACAGGAAAUAAAGCAUGUUUGAUGGACCAGAUAAUCCACAGAUGAAAAUGAACGAACUGCUCACUUGUAUUCUGCAAAAUACAAUAUCUGUCAUACUAGAGAGAAAGAAAAAAAUGUUCCACAAUGUUUAAAUUUUUCAUGCAGCUGUAAAUAUCCUCUUUUACAUAAGAUUAGGUUAAGAGGGCAGUAAUGCUUAAACGUUAAAGUUAUCUCAACAGUGUUCACAUGAAAUAUCUCUUAGCAGCAUGAAACCCUAAAGCAGAAGUGGCAAAUAUUUAAACGUCACAUGCUUCAAAAGGCUCAGACUUCCAAGCAAGGCAGAUUUAUAAAAUUUAAUAACCCCUUGCUCCUGAUUUCUUGUUGGAAUAGCAUUUCUUAGCAAGGUAAUUCUUAGAAUGUGGUGUGCUUUCCUACUAAUUCCUUAAAGUACUAUAUUGCUCAGUACAUUGCCCCAUCUUGUCUAUCUGCCUCUGUUCUCUAUUUUUCACCUGCCUUCACCCCCAAACCCAUACUCAGCCUUCAGAUUCCUAGUUCUCAAGCUUUAACUCGUUCAUCACGUUACCAAAUGCCCUUGUAUAAGGUGCAUAAGGCUAUCCCGACAAACAUUUAUGCAUUGUCAUCUACCUUAUAUUCAAUCCAUGCAACUAAAAUGAAUCUAGAAGCACAUACAGGUUUAUUUAUUAAAUUGUAUUCAACUUGCAAAAUAAUCAGAUUGGCCUUUUUUUUUUUUUUUGCCUAAAAUGUGCACUUUAGUUUUCAAUUAAUAAAUUUCAAUUAACGCCAAUCUGUUUAAACUUGCUGAAGUGUGGACUGUUUGAAAAUAAAGUAAUUCUGUUAUCAAAUAUAUUAACGUAUUUUUAAUUUUUUUUGGUUAAUAUGUUUAUUGAAAGAACUGAAAUUUAUUUGAUUUAUUACUGGUAUUUAUAAAGCGCCAACAGAAUCCACAGCGCUGUACAAUUAGUGGAGUACGUACAAUAUACACAGACCAACACGAGGUCAAGAGAGCCCUGCCUGUAAGCUGAUAACUAGCCAUUGGAGCUCUUUUAUACAACGUGCUUAGCUAGAUAUCCCGUGAGUUUACAAUCUAAAGGAUACGAUGGGGAUUUGAGCAGGGCCGUUUGAAGGAAUUUGGGGGCCCCAAGCAAAAUGGACAUGGAGGCCCCCCACACACACAUUCAAAGCCUACUCCCCCCUCCCUAUGUUCUUACUGCCCCCAUGUUCUUCUUACUCCUCCCCCCAUGUUCUCCUUACUGCUCUCCCACCUGUUUCUUCUUACUGCCCCAUGUUCUUCUUACUCCUCCCCCCAUGUUCUUCUUACUCCUCCACCCAUGUUCUUCUUACUCCCCUCCCUGUGUCCUUCUUACUCCGCCACUCCCCCCCAUGUUUUUUUUCCUUUCCUCUCCCUCCCUAUUUUUUUACUCCCUCCUCCCUAUGUUCUCCUUACUGCCCCAUAUUCUUUUACUACUACCCUCCCUCCCUAUGUUUUUACUCCCUAUGUUCUUACUACUACCCACUCCCCAUUUUUUUUUUUACUCCCCUCCCCUGUUCUUUUUACCCCCCCUCCCUAUGUUUUUUUUACCCUCCCCAUGUUUUUUUUACCCUCCCCACUGUGACGAGAGCAAUUUUGCCACAUUGCAUUGGAGGAGCAUGGUUGCCCGCCUGCUCCCUUUAGACUAUGGACCGGACUUUUAACAUACUUUAUUUUUUAUCUACUGAACAAAAUACCGAAGGCGCGACCACCGGGAAGCUGGCAUGUGCCUUCAAUUCACCUCCCUGUAGCUAGCGUGUGCUGUCAAUUGAUCACCCAGUAGCUGCGGUUAACCGCAGCUUAAUUGACUGUUAUUGGGUGGCCGCGGGUACACUAGGUGGCGGUGUUAUGGAGCUCCCCGGACAGCCAGCGGUGCUCAGCCUGGAAUCAGUGCACUAAAAGCGGACACUUUUUUUACGUGCAGGCACCGCUGAGCCUCCAGCCUUCCCUGCUUCUAUUCGUGGCUGUUUAGCCGAAGUCUGGAUUGAUCGGUACUUUACUUCAGUUAAUGUUUUAACCCAGAUAGCUAUGCCAUGGAGCCUAUUCGUGCAAUUUAGACUUUGGCUCCAUGGCAAUUGAACUGUGUGUGUAUAGGAUCUGAGCGCUAUUCGGUAGUUAUGUGCGCUCAGAUCCCAGCUAUCUGGGGAUAUGUGACAUGUAUGGAUUUUAUGUAUUAAAUAUAACACUGUAUGUUUUAAUGUAUUUUACUGUCUUUGUGUCCCCACGUGUAUAAUAGAGUUUUGCCUCUGUCCUGGGAGAUAAUUGGAUUACUUCCCAAUUAUCUCCAGGAUGGAGGGAGGGAAAUUAGGAUGCAUUGUGGGGAUGUGAUGCAUGUCUGUCUGUGUUAGAGUCCCCUAGGGGAGUGUCCACCGGGUGGGAGACCGGCAUAAAUACUGGGCAGGUAGCUGCUUGACCCUCAACACGGAGCUCUGUCUCGUCUUUGGGGGGGAUUUACUGUAUGCUGUUAGAGACUGAUUGCCAGGAGUGUAAGCCUCUUGGGUGCUUUUCCUGUUCGUCUGCUAGCAGCUAUUCGUGAGGUUCCAGUUCGGGAGUUUGGAGUGCUACUUUGUAUGCAGUUCGGGAGUUUGUAGCAUUCCCUUGUAUUCAGUUCGGGAGUUAUUUUGGUUUGUUUAUUUGUUUAAAAGGGAUUGCUGGUUUAAAAAAUAAAUUGUCAAGUGAAGCAUGUUCCUUUAAAUCAUGUACACAUGAAAAGAUUUAUAGAGAGUAUAUCUAUAAGGUCUUGAAUAUCUCUCUUCAAGGCAUAUUGGAAACAUUUACGUGCAUAAAAUAUGUAUAUUGGUAGAAUUAUCCGAAAUAUGCAUGCUAAAAAGAGAAUAUAUAUUUUAGUUAAUCUAAUUCCUUUUAUAACUGACCUUAAAUAUUCAAUGUUUCCUUAUUUCAGCCAAGAUUGUAAUCUUUGAGAUGCCAUGGAUAAUGAAUGGUAAGUACAAUAUUUUCAUUCAGAACCUAUCCCUAUACCUUGUGGUUUGCAACAUGCAAUACUAUGUUGAGUUUAGGUUUUUGUUUAAUAAAUGCUGAAUUUUCACAGACUGAGGACAAAAUACCAAAAUGGUUGUAAACAAGACCGGACUGUGACUAAAAUGAUGCUGUUAAUGUGUAUGGUGUGGGCUGUAUGUGGUGUACGAUGUGUCUAUAGAAGCAGUUUGUCAUGUAGUGAAUGUGGGAAGUGGGCUGCUUGCGGCCUAUUCAUGUGUGUUUAGGGGCUUAGGGUGUGAGAAAAGGGAUAAGUUCACAUUUUACAGUGGGGUGGAGGUUAGUGGACGGGAUAUGUGUUCCGCAUCUGGUGGAUGCAGAGCACUUUUUAUUGCUUCUUCGAGCAGGUGUUGCUUAAUGUAUCAUAUAAUGUAUUUAUAAUAUUAUGAGAGGGGGGAUUUAACUAUAAAUAGGACAAUUACAAGAAAACUUUAAGGAACGAUGGCUUAAGAGGACUUUGCUCAAACGAGCUUCCAUUCUAUAGGAGUAUUGCUAUGGUGAGAAGAUCCUUUGAUCUCUCGAGUUUGCCUCAGCCAUCAUGGUCCACUCAGUAAUUGCAUGAUUAAAAAAAACUGGGACUAGUUGGAAUAUUUUUGCUGCAUGGCUAUUUUGGUCGAUAUCAAAUUAGUUCCUUGUAUUUGAUGUUUAGCCAAUGUUACAUGUGGAAUAAAGAUUUUGAGCCUGAGUAAGAUACGUGGUAGACCCAUCACUGCUGCACAGUCUAGUUUGUUUUCUUCCAGUUUGUUAAAGAGUAACUGUCACUUCUCUGCAUUUUUAUUAUUUUUUACGUAUUCAUAUAUUUAACAAAUAAGUAUUUUAAACAUGUGAAAAACAAACUUAAAUGUAGAAAUCUAGAAAUAUCCUGUAACUGGUAUCUUCAAUCUGGACUCUUCUCGAUAGUGUUAUUACUCGUAAUACAUUGUUUCACAAUCACAUAAAUACGCCCCUCUACUUUCAUAAAUGUACUGUAUUGUCACCAAGGGCUUGUAGUUGAUGCGGAAUGACAUAUGGCAAGAUAAUCCAUCCUGUCUCCUACCUUUUUGAAAUGCAUUCAAUAAUGACCUUGUUACAUCUGUGUCCAUACAUUUGUUAGUUUUAUUUCUUUCAUGUACUAGAUAGGUAUGCCCGAUGUUUUAGAGUUAAGAGUCAUAACUCUGCAUCCUUUGCUUUGGUGCAUUGAGUCUGACAGGCUUGCCGACUUGAACCAAUUUAAUGUGAGCAAGCUGUAAACAUAAAUCAUUUUCAAUUAUCCCAAUGAAAGAUGUCAAGGCUGUCUUGAUAAAUUGACAUGCCUAAGCCCUUUUUUUAUGAAGGGGUUAAAACAUUGACUGAAUAAUGGGGAUUGAAAAGACCUUAAACAGCUGUACACAUCCAGAUUUGAUUUGUGUUUUAUGGCCCUGUAAUGCAAACUACUAUAAAUAUAUUGUAGAUGUUUGAAUUUUGUCCCUAAUUAGUAGAAUAGAUUUUUUUUUUAACCCUUUCACUGCCAUGCUUAUGCCAAUUCCCACUUGUUGUUUUAAUGACCCUAUUGUGUUAUUGAUCCUGAAUAGAUUUAUAUACAUCACACUAGUUUUGUGCCUUUUUAAUUUGACUUUUUUAUUUAUUUAUAUUUUUUUUUUAGCUGCUUUUAAAAUUGUCAAAGGCUGGCUUGGUCCAGAAGCCAUUAACAUGCUGAAAUUUGUGAACAGGAAUGAAAUCCAAGAUUAUAUCAGUGUUGAGUACUUGCCGCCUCAUAUGGGUGGAACGGUAAGUUAAAAUAAAAUCAGAUCCCAUAUACUGCACUCAAUUAUAGAAUAUAGCAUUUGGAGGUAUUUAAUUGAGAUGAGUUGACUGGUAAGGGUUGGGGUGUUGACAAAUAUGUUGCAUGUUACCUAAAUGAGCAUUACAAGCAUCAUAACCACUAACGUGUUAUGCAGUGGCUAUGGUGCCAGGUGGUUCCCCCACCAGUGCAAGUAGUCUGACAGUUUGACUUCAUACCUGGGGUUACUCCAUGCCUUUGUUUAGCCUCUCGGUGAGCUGGAAGCUCCUGCUAGGAGUUUUGCUGUGCAUAGCCUGUUCAUUGACUGCGAGCGAAAGCUGAUAAUUUCCUGACAAACUAAGCCCUGCACUACAGGUCUUCACUUGGGCAGAGGGCUUUCACCUGAGAGGAGGCUGCAGGGAGCAACGCCAGGUAGACCCCAGGUAAGACUGUAGUAGUUAUGGUGCUUGGAGUGUUCCUUUAAGCAAACAUCACAAAUUAAGUGCAUGCACCAAAAGGGUGUUUGUCAGUCUAAUUUACAUAUGCACUAGGUUGUCCUUGCAGUUGCUGUCAAAAGCCACUAACUCAGUGAUACACAUUUGAUUUUCAGAUUAGUAGAUCUUUUAUUCUAUACAUUUGCUGUAUAUACAUUUGCUGUCUGACAACAUAGAUAAAAUGGAUACUUACCGAAUUAGUCCCUUGUUGUUCACGUUUUAUGGAUAGCAGAGUCCCAUUAACACCAACUGGGCCAUACAUUUGUUGUUCAUUAAGGUCCUAAAUGAUGCUUUUAUGUCCUUCUUUUUCUUAUAAUUUAGGAUCCUUUCAGGUAUAGCUAUCCACCAUUACCCGACGAUGACUUUCAAACCCCAAUGUGUGAAAAUGGACCAAUUGCCAGUGAGGAUGAAUUGGAAAGCAAAGAUGAAAAUGAGUCCGAUACAAGAGACACAGUUGAUUCGAUUGUAAGUGAGGAUAGUGCAGUCAAACAUAAAAAGGUAAACAAAAUGAGUGUAAUCUGGUCUUUUAUCUGUGACAGGGCACAAGCAUUUCUGUUAAUAAUGUGAUACACUAUGUUGUUUUCUGCUAUCUCUUUAAGCUCAUUUGUUUGGUAUGCACAAGUGAAUUAUGGUAAUACACUAUAUUAUUUAAAAAUAGAAUGGUACUGGUUGUUAACCAACAUGCAUCCAAACCUUCAGAUGUAAACAGAAAUAUCAAUUUUUUUUUGGUUUCUGUUCAUCACACCCUGAAUGGCAGUUGCUCAGAGAAUUCCAAACUCUGUGAUUCACAUAAGUGACAAAGUUAUUAUGAGCUGGGGCCAAAAAAUAUUUUAAAGUGCAUCUGUCAUUCCUAUCACAAUUUGGAAUGAAAUCAAAGAUAAUUAAAUUGCAACUAGACAUUGUGCUAGCAGAAAUUCAAGCACGUGUAUAAAUUUGAAUUUAAUGCACUUUAAAAUAGUCCCUGUCCCACCUGUCAAUCCUCAGCAUUAGACUUUUAGGUUGGUGGGACGGAGGGUCUAACCAGAGGAUUGAGUGACAAGGAAGAGCAAGAGAACCCUGUAUUGGUAAGGACAACCAUGCAAUACAGAGAGUGGUGGCAAUAGGGAAUCGGUAUUACAAUAGUGUAAUACCCACAGAGCCUCUGGUUAUGGCGUGUGGGGCAGCAUGUAAGUAACACUAUAACAACUCCCAGAGUCAAUAAAAAUAGAAUUUAUUUUUGUAAUAAAUGUUUUCAUUUUCUGUGUGCGUAAAUUGAUUAGAGAGGAUGAGUUGUUCAAAAUCAAAUAUUUAUUUGAGGUUCCAGUAUCCUGUUUGUGCAUGUGCACGUGCACACACCAGAUUAAAAGCCUAAUCAAUUCAACUUAAUUUACAUGUUCACAUUAGAAUCAAUCAGACAUAAUGAGACAGUGUUUUUACAGUACAGUAUAUUUGAUGAAGCUGAAUUUUGUUAGGUCCUCUGCUUCUAUACCCCAUUUGUAUCAAGGUAUAAUGUCUUGUCUAUCUUUCAUGGGUGUGUUAACAUCACUCAUGUACUGGAUGCAAUUUACCUUAAAGGACCACUAUAGUGCCAGGAAAACGCCGGGCUCUGGAGAGAGGAAGGGGUUAAACACUUACCUUUCUCCAGCGCCGGGCGGGGAGCUGUACUCCUCCUCUCCUCCUUGCUCACGACGUCAUCGGCUAAAUGCGCAUGCGCGGCAGGAGCCGCGCGCAUUCAGCCGGUCGCAUAGGAAAGCAUUUACAAUGCUUUCCUAUGGACGCUGGCGUCUUCUCUCUGUGAAAAUCACAGUGAGAAGCACGCAAGCGCCUCUAGCGGCUGUCAAUGAGACAGCCACUGGAGGCUGGAUUAACCCUCAGUAUAAACAUAGCAGUUUCUCUGAAACUGCUAUGUUUAUAAAAAAAAAAGGGUUAAUCCUAAAGGUACCUGGCACCCAGACCACUUCAUAAAGCUGAAGUGGUCUGGGUGCCUAGAGUGGUCCUUUAACUGUAAAUUCACUGCUACCUCGGUUUCAUUAUUCAGCAAAUCAUUUUAUUACUCACCAGCUUGAUGUCAUUUGAAUGUUGGAACUUUGAUGUUGCAUGAGGGAAACUACCCAGCAGCCCUAGUGGAAAAACAAGUGCAUUAUGUUGCUUUGACUUUGCAUAAAAAUUGUUAUCUUGGCUCAUUUUUAUUAUUAUUAUUAUUAUUAUUAUUAUUAUUAUUACUGGUAUUUAUAAAGCGCCAAAAGAUUCUGCAGCGCUGUACAAUUAGUGGAGAAACGUACAAUAUACACAGACAAAUACAAGAGGUAGCGAGAGCCCUGUCUGUAAGCUGAUAACUAGCCAUUGAAGCUCUUUUAUACAAAGUGCUUGGCUAGAUGGUCCGUGAGCUUACAAUCUAAAGGAUACCAUGGGGAUUUGAGACAAGAGGUAGCAGUGGAAGUUUGGAGGUGAUGGCUGAAAGAGUUAACCGAGAGAAGCAGCUAUUGGUAAAAUACAAAGGGAAUGAAGAGGUAAUUGAGUGAGGAUCUCAAACAGUUGGAGGAGCAUGCUAUAUAUUUAGGGGGAUCCGGGGAGGGAUGGCUGCUGAGAAAAAAUGCAGUCUUUCACUGAGUUGAAUGUGAAGUAAGGCCUGAAGAACAGAGAGUGAGAUAGAACCGUUAUAUCGAGGUAUUUACAACUGGGGAGGAGAAAUGGAGAGUGAGAGGGGAGGGGAGGGGGGUAAAGUAGCCAUGUGUUAUAUACUAUUGAUAAAGUUUAGCAACCAAAUUCUAUCACCCAAAAUAUUAACUGUCUACAUGAAAUAUUUGUCAGAAACUUUAAAUGACUAUAGUACAAACUGAAUGCACAGAAAAUUACAGUGGCAACUACAGGUAUAACUGGUAGCAAAUCUAUAGUAACACAUGAGAAUAUGUUAGCAAGCCAGGAAUACAUGAUGUGGAGUAUCUUCCAAGCUUCAGUCAGUACCUGAGGGUGGUAGGUGUUUCACUGCAGGAUGUAAAAUGCAGUCUUUCACUGAGUUGAAUGUGAAGUGAGGCCUGAGGGUGGUAGGUGUUUCACUGCAGGAUGUAAAAUGCAGUCAUCAUCCUUCCAUGCCCUGUUCAAAGUCCAUUCAAUCAUUUACCUUUGCACACAGAGCCAUUAAGUAGAACAUAGUUAAUGAUGUAUCAUUCCUGGUAAGAUACAUUUUUUUUUUAAAGAUAAACAAUUUGUACUAUAGUUAGUCUUUUCAACUACAUAUUGCUAAGUUGAAGUGGAUUUAACAGUUUACAUCAAUUGGAUAUAAAAGAGCAGGUGUUCACGUUGUUUGAUGCAGUGCGUGUAUACUAAUGGGUAUCAAUUGUCAAUCUAUAAAACACAUGUACAGAGAACAGAUAGGAGGCUCGAAUGUCAAAAGUUGAAAAUACAAUUUUUGAUAUUACGGAAGAUGCUUGUUUUUGUUUCUGUUUUCCUGCAGCAAAUCCCUAGGCAUUUGUCUACCCCAACCAAAUUAUCUAUGCCAGUCCUCUGGUGUCCUGCAGGACCCAAAGGCUGGAGCAUAUCACAUUUAUUUAUAUACAAAUAAUAAUAUAUUACAGCAUCAUUAUCCACAGGACUUUGCGUGGUGAUUGAUUACGGUGUUCUUUCUUAUUUAACUGUUACAUUAUCUAUUGGAACAUAAUUGAUCAUCAACAUAAACAUUGCAGUCUGGAUAAAUCUUUCCUUGUGUAAUAGUCACUUUAAGGGCAGUGGCAGUAGCAGGCUACGAUAAGCAGAAAUCAUUAGUCUGUAAAGAAAAGCAAAUCCUUAUACAUGUUAUUGUAAACUGUAUUGCUUUAUUGAGCUUAUAAAUGACAUCAAGGUAAACCAUUACAGUUUAAUAGAGAGAUUAAGAUAGUACAUCGGAAAUACAUGGAGUGGUUAGGAGAGUCAAUUAGUUUCUUGUUUCCAUACAUCCAGGGAACGUUUAAGUUUGAGUUUAAAUACAUUUAUUCUUACAAAAUGAGUCAAUUUAGAGAUGCGAAAGAGAGAGAAAACACUUUUUUGUACACCAGUCCAUAUCAUGUCUGUAAUGUCUUAAGGGAAAUAAGUUUGUUUUUGUUUUGUUUUCUCCCCAAUUAUUAAAAUAUUAUUUGUAAUUUGUUUAAUUUGAGUGUUUAGUGACUAAUCUAUAUGCACUUUUUGCUACCUCUAUUACUUUAAGCUAAUAAACUAAUGUGAACGGAGUGAUAUAUUCUUACUAACCAUUGGAUUGCUAUCUACCGGGGCUUCAGAGAUCACAAAUAAUAAUCAAAGACUAAUUCUACCCCUCGUGAUUUUUUUUUUUGAUUCUGUUUAUGACUUUCUUAAAGAACUGGAUAAUAUAUGACUCUACUGGUUUAUGUUUGGUUGUGUACUAAGUCGUUCACGCGUGUACAAAGAAGCUCUGUGAAGACAAAGAUGAAAGAAGCGGACCUCUGAUUAACCAGUUGUAUCUCUCUUAACGUAUGCUGCUAUGCCUAACCAUGAACUCCACUGCGCUGCCAUCUUCUCCUUUGCUCAGCAUUCAUUUACUUUUUCUUUUUUAAUAAGUCAGAUUAGGACCAAAUUGUAAGUUCAAAACAAAACACAAAAUGCGUUAUUAACCUUAUUUUAGAGUAGUCACAAUGCAAAGCUUCACAGUUUUGACUGACUGACUUUUUUUCUAUUCCUCCCCCCCCAACCACUCUGUUGCUUUCAACAAAUACUCAGCCAGUAACUGUUAUGUCUGAUGGUUUGCAAGAAGAGGAAGCGAGUGGAACUGCACAGUGGGAACUUGGUCACAAGAUUAACAUGUGAAGAUGACUUACAACAGUAAUGACUAAAGGCGAAGAUAUCAACACAGAAUAAACAAAUGCAAGAAAACCUUUUGAAAUUGAUUUCAAAGUAUUGACAAUGCCAAAUAUUCAUAACCUAACGCAACAUAAAAUGAUCUUCUGCUCUCAUUAUCUGCAUCACCUUUUUAGUGUUUAUAAACUGCUUGAUUUUCCUGCUGCAAUCCUUUGCCACUCAAAAUCUUUUUUUGUGUAAUUAACAGCGUUCCACGUGGCAAUGAUUCUUUUACAGAAGUCUGUUUCUAAUUUUACAUUUUCUAGUGUGGAGUAAACCCUACCAGUUUCACUUGAUGAUCCGGUUUAUUGGACCAGUAUGACAAUGUAUAGUGCUUUCAAAGAGCCACAGGAUUCUUCUUCUAUCAGACAUUUAAAAGGAAACUGAAUCUUCAAGUUUUCCAUCAUAUAUUCCAUCGUUUAUCUGGCAAAGGGGAAUAAAAAUGUUUCUUACAACUUCUAUAAAACAUACUUUAAAUAUCAUCUUUUGGAGAUCAUAAGAUAUGAACAUGUAAGACCAGUCUAGAGUAUAUUUAUAAAACGCAUCUUUCUAAAACUGUAAAAACAUUUCUUGAUGAAAUGUAGAAUAGUUGAAACAAAACGAAGAGGCCUGCAAGCACCUUGUGCUCCUUAUCCAGCUAAAUGAUCGCCGUGUUAAUUUUUUGGCUUUGGCUUUGGCUUUGGCUUUGUGAUGCAUAGAAGACCCAAACAAUUUGCACGUUUUGCCAUGUGCUUGUUCAACCAUAUGUUCCUCUUUGUCUUUUAUUUUACCCACAUAUAAUUUACUAUUUAUUUUUGUUUUAAGAACAUAUAGGGCUUUCUUGCGCUACUCUAUCUACAUCAGGGCAGACCAGCUUCAACACUUAGAUGUUUUCGACUACCUCUUUCACAAUGCUUUGCCAACAUUAUGGUUGUAAGAGCACUAUGAGAUAUGAAGUACACAACAUCUGGUGUGCCACAGUUUGCCAACCCGUACCCUACAAGAAUACUUAUCCUGCUGUUAAAGAAAUACUAUAGUGCCAGGAACACAAAGCUCCCUCUGCCACUGGAGGCAGACUUAGUGCUGCCUGUAAACAUUGCAGUUUCUCUGGACUGCAAUAUUUAUCAUUGCAGCAAUGAGCGGAAGUGGUCUGGGUGCCUAUAGUGUCCCUUUAAGUACUACUAAAAUAUAAGCGGGUAAAAAAAGCAUGUGGAGAAAUACCCAAUUGUGUAGCCAUUUUAUCAUUAUAAUGUGUAUAAAACUACGGCAGCUACAGAAGCACACCUGAAAAAUAUUUUUUCCUGAUUUUGAAAAUACCAUUUUCAUCUAUUUUGGUAUUUAUGGGUCACGUAUUAAAUAGAGCACAUUCAUGUUUAAUUGUUAGAAUAAUUUUUUUAAGGGCCAGACGAGAAAUAUCUGCCCUAAAUAUGCCUUCAAAUUUGAACUCAUGUUUAUCAGCCAGACAAAGUCUGUUUGAGAAUGAUAACUAAAAUCCACAUUGUCAGAACUGGCCAUUUUAAUUAAAGACACAGUGACGUUUAAAUCCUAUCACUCUUAUACAUGCUCUGCUUGGCAACGAAUCAUGGCAGUUAUUGUCUGUGGCAUAUUAAGGGCAGUUUAAGCUUUUAAUCAGGAAUAGGCAACCUUUAGCACUGCAGGUGUUGUGGGUUACAUCUCCCAUAAUGCUAUUACAGCCAUAAUGCUGGCAAAGCAUCACGGUCGAUGUAGUCCACAACAUCUGGAGUGCAAAUGUUGCCAACCCCUGCUCUUCGGUUACCUUUAACCCUAAAUCCCCACACACAAACCUAACCUUAACCCACAGGACAUCAGCAGAGGGAUUUCAAAGCAUACACAGUACAGAUGUCUGAGUCAUAUGUACUAUGAUCCCAGCAUGAGAGAGAGAGAGAUCUCCUUCAUACUGUCCCUGCCAUACACACAGUGGUUGCACAGCAAAGUGCUGAUCACGGUCAGCAGUCAGGCACACAGGGAGACCUGACCUGUGUCUUCUCAGACCCUGUAAGUUUCCCUGUUAUUGGGGGUUCUUUGAAUCUCCCCAGAGCAUGAGAUGAUUACUGUGACUGAACGUGAUCUACAGAUCAGUGCUCACUUUGAGUGACACUUUUGAGUGGUUUAGGUCACCUGGUAUUACACUUGUAAUUUUGACAACAGUUUUGGAGAUUUUAUGUAUCCUAUCUACUAGACUUACAUUUCGUUUAUUUCUCUUUCACCAGUUUAAUGUCCCUAUACUAUUGUUAUACCAUUUUUACCAUUAUUGCAACAUUGAACAAUUCAGGUACUCUCUAAGACACAGAUCCAUUCUAAUUUUGGAGCAGUUUAAGCAAUACAAUGUAUUCAGAUGUCCUUAAAGUCUGUAACAGAACUGUACAUUGAUUUGGUGUAGAAUGGCAGGUGGCUUUUAUCCAUCAGUAGGUGUAACAUUUUUGUAUUGUAUUUCGACAUGCUCGUGGAGUUUGUUUAAAAAUUCAUAUUUUUUAGAAAAUAUCUGAAAUAUCAAGACUACAUGUGACAGACUGCUCUUUGAGUUUGGAUAAACUGAGGGGUUUUUUUUUUUUUGUUUUUUUUUUAGAAGGGAGAUUUUGUUUUGUAUAUUUGAUAUACUGUAUAAAAAUUGCUGUUUAUUUCCAUUGUUCUUCCAAGUGUUUUAUGGUCUCUGUCACACAUACUUGUAACUACAUAUGUAGUUAUGACUGUGAAUGUGUAAUUGUAUAGUCAUACUUUUUGUGUAUACCCAUAUGUAUCAAUUUGCUCGUUCUCCAUUUUUUUUUUUGGUUUUUUUUCUCAAUGUGCAUUUCAACCAUAUUGCUUUUAAAAACAUUCUCCAAUGUUAUCUGGAUUUGUUUAGCCUUUUUGUAAAAAUAAAAUAAAAAAUAAAAAUGAAAUUAAAGUUAAAUUAAUCACGGGGGAGGGUUGCUUUUAGUAUUUUUCAAAUAAACGUUGGCUUCUCAUUAUGAGACAGAUUUCUUGUUUAUAAUUGUAUGUUUAAUUAGUAUUAUAAGGAAUGGCUGCUUAACAAAGGCAGUUUGGCAUCUUGAUUUUAAUUGCACAAAAUCCAGAUCUUGCUUUCAUCUUUUAAAAUGUUAUGUAAUCUGGCCACUCAAUUUUAAAUGUGUCGAAUGAAUCCAUAUGUUUUUUUUUUUGUUUGUUUUUUUAUAUAAUUAACUACAAUCUAAGAAAACAUCUGUUUAAAUCUUUCAUCUUUUCUCCAGUUGUGGAGAAUCAAUAGUUCUUUAGUACCAGGCUGUUUUUACAAAUAAAAUCUUGCAAAUCAUUGAAUUAUUUUUACUAUCCUUGUGUGUUUGUUUCCACUAUUGUAAAUGUGUAUGUUAUUUGUAUAUGCAGUUAUAUAAUCAGGAAAGAUAGUUAGCUUUUCAGUAAUUUUCAAGUAGGUUCUAGAACAGGGGUAGGCAACCUGUUGGCCCUCCAGAUGUUGUGGACUACAUCUCCCGUAAUAUUUUUGCAGCCAUAAUGCUGGCAAAGCAUCAAUGGAGAUGUGGUCCGCAACAUCUGGAGUGCCAAAGGUUGCCUAUCCCUGUUCUAUAAUAUAAAUGUAAAAAAAAAACACAUUUGUUCUUAUAUUAUCCUUGCUUGGUGUGGAGUAUUUCAAAAAUUUGAACAGGCAGUAGACAUAGUGCAGCUGUUAUAAUAAGUUAUCGCACCAACAUGGCUUUUAAUGUUCGUAAACUAUGUUUUACACAAGUUAUAAAUUUGCAAACUGUUACUCUAGCUAGUUUAGUUUUAAUGUUCAUGACUUCGUGUUAACAAUAUAGGAUUCAUAAUAAAAAUUAUGACUUAUCCUACACUUUAAUAAGAUGUUAUCAAGAUCUUGUGUACGUAACUCUUUCUAUAUCACACAUUGUUAGGAGCACUCCUAGGGUUCGCUUUCCCUCUAGGUAGCAGCACUCCCAGGGUUUACUUUCCUUCUAGGUAGCAGCACUCCUAGGACUCUUAGUCUCUGGACUGUAGCAUUCCUAGAGUUCUUUUACACAUCCCAGUAAUGCUCCUAGGGGUCUCUUAUACAACAUGCCAAUAACGCUCCUAGGGUUCUCUUAUACAACAUGCCAAUAACGCUCCUAGGGUUCUCUUACACAGCAUGCCAAUAGGUGCUCCUCGGGUUCUCUUACACAGCAUGCCAAUAGGCGCUCCUAGGGUUCUCUUACACAGCAUGCCAAUAGCGCUCCUAGGGUUCUCUUACACAGCAUGCCAAUAGCGCUCCAAGGGUUCUCUUACACAGCAUGCCAAUAGCGCUCCUAGGUUUCUCUUACACAGCAUGCCAAUAGCGCUCCUAGGGUUCUCUUACACAGCAUGCCAAUAGCGCUCCUAGGGUUCUCUUACACAGCAUGCCAGUAACGCUCCUAGGGUUCUCUUACACAGCAUGCCAAUAGGCGCUCCUAGGGUUCUCUUACACAGCAUGCCAAUAACGCUCCUAGGGUUCUCUUACACAACAUGCCAAUAACGCUCCUAGGGUUCUCUUACACAACAUGCCAAUAACGCUCCUAGGGUUCUCUUACACAGCAUGCCAAUAACGCUCCUAGGGUUCUCUUACACAGCAUGCCAAUAGGCGCUCCUAGGGUUCUCUUACACAGCAUGCCAAUAACGCUCCUAGGGUUCUCUUACACAGCAUGCCAAUAGGCGCUCCUAGGGUUCUCUUACACAGCAUGCCAAUAGCGCUCCUAGGGUUCUCUUACACAGCAUGCCAAUAGGCGCUCCUAGGGUUCUCUUACACAGCAUGCCAAUAAUGCUCCUAGGGUUCUCUUACAUAACAUGCCAAUAAUGCUCCUAGUGUUUUUUUACACAACAUGCCGAUAGUGUUCCUGGGCUUGUUACCUGUAUUUUACCUGCAAUCAUAAGACCUCUGUAACUAUACAUAUUUACCCAUGACCUUUAACUAUGACCAGCAGAUGAAUAGUUUCUGUUGUUGUGAAUGUAAUGGAAAAUGAAAUUAAUGCAUCACUUUAUUUUUAAUGUUGGGGUGUACCUAUGUUGAUAUAUCUUUAGGAGCACCCUGUUUCAUUAAAUUAUUUAUUUUUUUUAAGCUCUGCUUUAUCGCUGAGACCAUGUUACUGAAUACUCUGCCAGUGCUGAGUUCAUCAUUCAGCUUCUAAUGUGGUUUAGAGGGAUGGAGUGUUUCCUUAAAAACCAACUCACUAAGCGCCACACCCUGUCAUCUAUUACAAGGCAAAGAAUUUAGGCCAAUGUCUCUCUCUAACACAGAAUACGAUUAACAUCAAAAUACCUUUUGAUUUAUAUUUUUAUGCUUUAGCAUCAUUGCAAGAAGUAAAAUUAUAUAACCUUUAUCUGCUUUUAAAGCUGAAUUAUCUUCCAUCAUUUUAAUAAACCAAAUGCAUCAAAAUGUUUUAGAUAAUCCUGUUACUUUCUUUAGAUAAAGAUUUCUUCCUUAUAUCUGUCUGUUCCUAGUUGCAUGCAAAGAAGCAUACUAGUUUUACAUUGCUAUAAUGUCCUCUUUUGAUAUAUUUGUUGGUUCGCAUAGCAUUUUUAUGACUUGUUUGCAUUUUUAUUUAUGUAGAUGAGCUACUCCGAAGACCAUUUUAAACAAGCAGAUGGAGACAAGAAUGAUAUCAAGCAGCAAAAAAACAAGAAGGCAGUGGCCGUUUUUAAAGGACCUUUAUUACACAUUAGGUAUGAUUUAAGGGCACAGUUUACAAUACAAGUUGGUUUUCUUGGUAUUUGUUUCUUAGAAGUUUCUUAAACUGCUGACAUCCAGUAUGUCCUAUCUUAACCUAACAGUCACAAAUGUGGGGCAAUACUUUGCUUAUCAUUCUAUUUUUUUUUUUUUUUUAAAUGGGGUGUUGCAUCUUGCAUUUGUUAGUAGAACUCCCGCAGGGAUGAGCAUAGUAGUUUAUGUUCUGCUCUUGAAAAAUUCUGAGAAGAGUGAUAAUAGAACACGGUACAACAUCUGUCUAAUAUCAUCAAUUUUUUUUUUUUUUUUAUGAUAAGCAUUUUAUUUAUUUUCUUUACUUGAAUUUUGUUUAAUUUAGUCCUGCAGAAGAGUUGCACUUUGGAUCCAAAGAAAGUGGAGAAAGAAAAUGCAUAAUUAUUCUAAAUAAUGUUACAAAAAACACAGUAGCAUUUAAGGUAACUUGUUAUAUUUAUUAUUCUUUUUCUGUAUUAUAUAUAAUUUUCAUGCCUAUUUAUGGCAUUUAUAUCAUUGUAAAAUCACAAGUCACUGUGAGUUUUAUUCCUUUGGAUCUCUGUGAUGCUUUUACACACUACAUAUUGCUGUGAGUCUUAAAGAAACAAUCUAGUGUCAGGAAUACAAAUGUUUUCAUUAUAAAGAGGGGGCCUGUAACCUAAACAAUCACUUCAGCAAUACAAAUGUAUUCCUGACACUAUAGUGCUGAAGUGGUUGUUUAGGUUACAGGCCCCUUUAUAAUGAAAACGUGUAUGUUACUACCUUUUCUCCCACAUCUAAUCGCUGCUGUCCCCGGAUCCAUGGCUGAGAUUAUCAGUCUUGUGUAUGAGUGGAAAAACACCUGGCUGCAUCCAUCAGUAUCUCCUAAAAGAGAUUAGUUGAAUAAAUGCAUCUCUAUGGGGAACUUUCAGCGUCUCCAUGCAGAGCAUGCUGAAUGCCAGUGCUGCACAGUGUGCAGCACUGGACUAGGAAACACCUCUGUUCGUAAUCUGAGUGACUGCCAAUAGUGGUGUUACUAGGCAGCAAUGUAAACACUGUUAUCAGACUGGAGCAAUUUAAAUGGAGUCCAAGAAAAAUGGGAUUAUUUAAAAGUUGCACUAUUGAAGGCAACAGAAAAUUGCAUUAGGCUUGUCAGUAAAAGCAAAAAAUUCAAGAAACCACUGUGGUACUCCGCAGAUGUGGCCAAAAUAGUUAAAACAAAAAGUUAGCAUUUAGGAAUUAUAAAAAAACCCAGAGUGAGGAAGACAAAAUGAUCUAUAAGAUUAGGCAGAAAGAGGCUAAGCAAGUUAUAAGAGCUUCCAAAUCACACACAGAAGAGAAAAUAGCACAGUCAGUAAAAAAGGGGGAUAAAACAUUUUUUUAGAUACAUAAAUGAGAAAAGAAAAGUAAAACAAGGAUUAGUUAGAUUAAAAACAAAAGAAGGAAGGUAUGUAGAAGAAGAUAAAGGUCAGGCUGACUGCCUCAAUGAAUAUUUUUGUUCUGUAUUUACAGUAGAAAAUGAAGGAAAGGGACCUCAGUUGAGAAAAAGGAUAAAUGAGUAAUUUAUUACACGUGAGUUUACAGAGGAAGAGGUUCUAUUUCAACUGUCAAAAGUAAAAGACAAAUAAGUCAAUGGGACCUGAUGGAAUACACCCAAAGCUAUUAAAAGAGCUUAGUGGUGUACUAGCAAAACCAUUAACAGAUUUAUUUAACCAAUCAUUGUUAACAGGAGUAGUCCCAGAAGAUUGGAAGUUAGCGAAUGUUGUGCCCAUUUACAAGAAAGUUAAUAGGGAGGAGUCGGGCAACUAUAGGCCAGUAAGCCUUACUUCAGUAGUGGGGAAAGUGAUGGAAACCAUGUUAAAGGAUAGGAUUGAUGAACAUCUAAAAACACAUGGAUUUCAAGAUCAAAGACAACAUGGGUUUACUUCAGGGAGAUCAUGCCAAACAAAUCUUAUUGAUUUUUUUGAUUGGGUAACUAAAAUUAUAGAUCAGGGUGGUGCAGUAGACAUUGCUUACCUAGAUUUCAGUAAGGCUUUUGACACUGUUGCACAUAGAAGGCUUAUCAAUAAACUGCAAUCUUUAAGUUUGGAUUCAAAUAUUGUUGAAUGGGUAAGGCAGUGGCUGAGUGACAGGCAACAGAGGGUUGUAGUGAAUGGAAUAUAUUCGAAGCUUGGACUUGUCACCAGUGGGGUACCUCAGGGAUCUGUACUUGGACCCAUUCUCUUUUAAUAUUUUUAUUAGUGAUAUUGCAGAAGGUCUUGAUGGUAAGGUAUGUCUUUUUGCUGAUGAUACUAAGAUAUGUAACAGGGUUGAUGUUCCAGGAGGGAUAAGCCAAAUGGCAAAUGAUUUAGGUAAACUAGAAAAAUGGUCAGAAUUGUGGCAACUGACAUUUAAUGUGGAUAAGUGCAAGAUAAUGCAUCUUGGACGUAAAAACCCAAGGGCAGAGUACAGAAUAUUUGAUAGAGUCCUAACCUCAACAUAUGGGGAAAGGGAUUUAGGGGUGAUUAUUUCUGAUGACUUAAAGGUAGGCAGACAAUGUAAUAGAGCAGCAGGAAAUGCUAGCAGAAUGCUUGGUUGUAUAGGGAGAGGUAUUAGCAGUAGAAAGAGGGAAGUGCUCAUGCCAUUGUACAGAACACUGGUGAGACCUCACUUGGAGUAUUGUACACAGUACUGGAGACCGUAUCUUCAGAAGGAUAUUGAUACCUUAGAGAGGGUUCAGAGAAGGGCUACUAAACUGGUUCAUGGAUUGCGGGAUAAAACUUACCAGGAAAGGUUAAAGGAUCUUAACAUGUAUAGCUUGGAGGAAAGACGAGACAGGGGGGAUAUGAUAGAAACAUUUAAAUAUAUAAAGGGAAUCAACACAGUAAAGGAGGAGACUAUAUUUAAAGAAGAAAAACUACCACAACAAGAGGACAUAGUCUUAAAUUAGAGGGACAAAGGUUUAAAAAUAAUAUCAGGAAGUAUUACUUUACUGAGAGGGUAGUGGAUGCAUGGAAUAGCCUUCCAGCUGAAGUGGUAGAGGUUAACACAGUAAAGGAGUUUAAGCAUGGGUGGGAUAGGCAUAAGGCUAUCCUAACUAUAAGAUAAGGCUAGGGACUAAUGAAAGUAUUUAGAAAAUUGGGCAGACUAGAUGGGCCGAAUGGUUCUUAUCUGCCGUCACAUUCUAUGUUUCUAUGUUUCUAUGUUUUCUCUCUCUCUCUGAAAAGGCAGUGUUUACAGUGCUAAGACUCCAGGGAUAUGCUAUAGAUACCAGAUUCCCUACAUUAAGCUGUAGUGGUUCUGGUGACUAUAGUAUCCCUUUAAUGCCGUGUAGCUCUGUUGUAUACUGAAACACUAAACAUUCUGAGGUUAUUUAUACAGAUGACAUCAGGGCAGGAAAAUAUUGUGUUUUUUGGGGGUUUUUUUUACUCAAAAAUUUAGCUUCCUUUCAAAAGUGGGAUUACUAGUGAGCCAUACAUACAUUUUCUUAUUUGCAAAACAUAAAUUGUAUCUGAUUGAAAAAAUAAAUAAAAUAAAAACUUUUUUUUUAAAUGUAGUCUUUCAUUUUAUUUAUUUUUUCCAAAAAAUAAUAAUCCAGAUACUGACAGACAUACCUGGUAUACAUAAACAACAUUAUAGAAUUUAGUAUAUUAUAAGACAAAUUUUCAUAAUACAUGUGACCGUUCUAUAGCAAAACAAUGAUCUUAAAAUCAUCACUCACACAAACCGUGAAGCAACAUAAUCAGACUAGGGGUAUCAUUAUUUUCUAACUUAUCACUGUGUAUAUAUUUUAAUAUUUAUGAGCAUUUAUACAAUAUUUCAGCCGAUUUUAAUAGUUCGAAACAAGGCUUAUGGGGCAAACCUAUUAAUCCUUAUAAACACAAUAGCAACAUCACAUUUAAAGUGACACUCUAAGCAAUUUAUCAACUACAGCUUAUACAUUCCCCCUGUGAAAAAACACCUGAAGUAUAUUAAACAGGACUUUUUAAUUCACCAGAAUGUGGUGCAGUCACAUUUUUGCCUUUAAAAAGUCCUUGUUAAAUAUACUUCUGAUGUGGCGUCUCAGAAGUAUAUUUUAUUUGUGCAUGCACAGAUCCUGGUGCAGAUCUGUUGGGUAGUGCACCAGGAUGUAAUAUAUGCUGCUAGGUUUUCCUUCAUAUUAAUGUUUAUAUUUAAAUAUUAUAUUGGGCUUGUAGCUGCAGUGUUAUUUCCAAGUUGCACAGCAUUGACACCUUACUGCCCCAUGGUCUAUAUAAGGCACAUAUAUUCUAGUGUUUUAUUUAAUAAUUAUUAGUGUUUUAUUUAAUAAUAAUACCUUCUCCACUGUUUGCAGGUUAGAACAACUGCCCCUGAUAAGUACAGAGUCAAACCAAGUAACAGUAGCUGUGAACCUGGCUCCACAGUGGAUAUAGUAGUAUCUCUUCAUGCAGGUAAGUGGGUUCUUGCACAUAAUUAGUACAUUUAGCAGAAAACUAAAUAUUAUCAUUAUUUUAUGGUUGUGCAGCUAAUAUUGAUACUUAUACAAAGUUUGUAAAGAAAUGCAAACCUUAAAGGGACACUGUAGGCACCCAGACCACUUCAGCUCAUUGAAGUGGUCUGUGUGCUGUGUCCCUUUUGCACUUAGUGCUGCAAUGUUAAACAGCACUAAGUCUGCCCUUAGGGCUGUCUACCAGACAGCCACUGGGGGCACUUCCGGAAUUGUAACAGACUUUUGGUCCGUUAUCUGAUGCUGGAGGUCCUCAUGCUCUGCAUCAGAUUUUUCCCACAGGAAAGCAUUGAUUCAAUGCAUCCUUCCUCAAUGCUUCGGGACUGGGAUCAGGUAAGUAACUAUAGGGUUUUAACCCUUUAUUUAUCGGGUAGGAGAGUGCGUGAGAGUGGGAGGAGGCAGAGCCAGGAAUUCCGCUUUGUAUUCCUGGAUCUACAGUAUCCCUUUAAGAUCUACCAUGUACUAUAGCCUCUUCUAAUAUACUUUACAUAGAUAUCAAUUAAAAAUACCAACAGGGCUUUGAGAAGUAUUGCAAGUACAAAACUUUACAAAAAACUUUAACCAGUUGAUCAGUAGGGGAACUUACACCAAAAUGCAUUUUUUUACAUUUCUAAAUAGAAAAUAGAAUGUUUAAAAAUGAAAUGGUUAAAUAUUAACUACGUAACAAAGAUGUGUAUACUAUUUAUAGAUAUAGAUGCUCGAAUAUACCUUUUUAAAGCACUCUCAACAAAAUAUGGAUAAAUGAAUUACAAUUAUAUUGGUUUUUUUACAUUAUGUAAAAUGGUACUGUCUAAUGUUUUCUGAGAAAAGUUGCCAUCUACCAUAGUACCUGUGUGGACUUUCUGACAGGCUUCCAUUCCUCUGAAUUGCAUGUGCUGCCACUUUGUGUUCCGUUCUGAACACAGAUGUUAUUGGGGACACAUUCUGAAGUUGUGUGGUGACUUUGCACAUACCGAAAAUACCUAAUGGCUUCCCUCCCCAUAUCUUACGUCACAUCAGAGGGAACAGAGGAUAUACGUGUUCUUGUAUUUUUUUUUAAUGGGAAGAACUGCACAGGUCUCACCAUGGAAAAUCACACUUUACUUAAACAACCUCUAAAGCAAAAGUAGAGUAUAUGGCCCUAUCAAGCAACAGCAAAAUGAAAUGGCUUGUAUAUACAUCAGUUUCAUCUGUUUAUCAUGUACUUCAUUACACCUCUUGCCGUAUAUUUUAUUUCCUUUAUUCUAACUCCUUUCAACCCUCUAACUUUAAUGUGACUUACACUUGAUUUUAGCCCAUCAAGUUCCCACUUUGUAGUUUAAACUCAAUAAGCAUAGAUUGAAGUCAUUAAAGGAAAAUUUUGCAUUUCUUCUCGCACAGCUAAGUUCCUAGACUGCUCUUGCAUUAUCAUUUGAACCCAGCUCCUGAUUGACUGCGCUAAGGUUAUAUCAGCAUCCUUUGAGUUUGACAGAUUUCCCAGUCAAAUGUGUUUAACAUUCAUAAUGAUUUUUGCAUAAAUGAUAAGAAGAAAAUUAUAUUCAAUGCUUGAGCUCCAUAUGCUGUACAUCUUAAUGAAUUGAUUUGUUUUUCCACAAGCAUUUGUUGCUUCGCUUCAAGAUCGUUUCUUAGUGAUGGCUGCAGAAAUGGAACAGCCUGGUGGAACCAGUGCCCAGGAUUUGGCGCAGUUCUGGAAGGAGGUGCCAAGGAGUAAAGUGAUGGAGCAUCGGUAUGUUUGCUCUGCAUGGCAUUUACUAGAAGCCUUGUUCCGUUAGGCAUCCACUCAACUUGUCUCAGUAUGUUUCUUUGUAAAUUUGGAAUAUCACCUACAUGUUUGUUGUGUCUGCGUAUUGUACUGGGCUGUGAAAUUAUAUAUAUAUAUAUAUAACAUUUUCAUUUGUAAAUGAUAUUACACUGAAGAUCGCUGCAUUGAAACUUUUAACAUUUUUGCAGAAUAUAAUAAAUUACAUAUGUAAUCAGUCUAAUGCUCUUCUGAGAUUCAUAGGCUUAGUUUUCUCUCAAAUUAUACAUAACCAAAUGUUUAUAACAAAAACAUAAUAAAAAUUGGGUAUCUAGGCAGAAACUUUUCAGUAUGAAAAUAUUGGUUAGUUGCAGAUUAAGAUACAAAAGUAAAUGAAUGAAAGGUUAUGCAUUUGGGGAAAUGUUAAUUUUACCAAUGCACAAAACAGGAAUGAACUAGAAUUUAGUUGUGGAUGCAGAAUGCUCCUCUGACUUUAAAUACCUUAAAAGUUUUAAGCAUGAAAAUCACUUAAUCUUAACAAAGGGAUUUUGGGGCACAUGGGCACAGCCUUGAUGUUGCAUUUUUUUGUUCAUUGUAUGCAAUUCCCAUGCCAGUCCUGCAGCCACGAGGGAUUUAGGAUAUUCUAGCUUAUGUCCAGCGUAAGAAUAUAGCAAAUAAGCAAAAUAUAUAAGCAAAAUAUACCUAGACAUAGGAUGUGUGUGCAUGCAAUGUACUUUUCAUAGAAAAGCAUUGAAUUGAAGGAUAAUGUUUAUUACCGCACAUGUACUGUGUGGCUUUAAGAGAAACAUUUGACUGGACAGAAGACUUCGUAGUAGAUGACAUCACAUUAGGAGGAUCAAGCUGCAUUGGGGAUUUUUGUUCUAAGUUUAAGGGUGAUUUUAGGACCUUUAGUUCUAAACUUUCAAAGUAACACAAGAACAAAAUAGGGUGUGUUGUUUUCUUGGUUUUUUUUUUGUGUUUUCCUUCGAAUGUUAUAGUGCAACUUAAAUUGAAGUCACAUAAUUCUGAAGUAUAAAAUUAAACACAGAAAAAUCACCAAGCUUUUAGCCUACAUUUUAAAAUUCAUAUUUCAAUUCACUAAAGUUUGGUGUUUUUGAAAACAAACCUCACUGUAUUAGCAGCUGAUUUUCCUUAGAAGUAGAUCAUACUAAUAUGGAUUUAAUUUACAAUAUAGUUAUUUUCAUUUACCUGCUACCAAGUCCUUCAUGCAGUUCUGCCUUUGAUGGAAGGUUACACUGUGCCCAAACCGUAGGACAACUCGGUGGGUGUUCUCCUGUCUCCUUGUGUGUUAUCAUGGUGUGUACUUUACAUUGCAUGAAUGGUUUGCAGUGAACUUCAAUACUCUUAUUUACACCUACAUUUCUGCUGCAUUGUCUUCUUCGUUUUUUUGUAAUUUGAUUUGCCACUGAUGGUUGAAUGUCCGUUUCAGCAUUUUGACAAAAACCUGCACUUAUGCACCAUGUAAAGGUGUGCCCUUCUUUCUGUUCAGAUAAUACAGAAGUUAACUUCAAUCUUGGACCACAAUGUUAAGCUGCAAGAAUUUUAUCAAUGGAAUGCUUCAAACAUCAUAACUCCUAUAUUGUUCUGUAGUGGUUAUGGUGCCAGGAGUGCCCUGGGUCUCUGCCAGCGUAACUAGUCAGGCUGUUUCACUACUAAUAUAUAUAUAUGUGUGUGUGUGUGUGUGUGUGUGUGUAUAUUCUAUCUGUACUAACCAAGCAGCCAGGCUUUAGUUUCAGAGUGCCCAGGUCUUUUUCAAACCACUCAUGGCAUCCAGAAAAUCCCUCUGCAUUAUAAAUACAGAAAUUUAUUGCUGAAUAUUUUGUGUUUUCUCCAGACCAUGGAUUAUUGCCAGCUUUAUCCAUUCAGUAGUCACAUAAUUAAAUCUAUAGCUGCCAUAUUUAGACAGUCUCCAUAAAGUGCAUUGUUGUUUCCAGUUUACCCAUCAGUACAUGACAUUGAAAGGAAUAUAACUAUUUGUGUGAGGACAGAUUCAACUUAAUCAUGGGAAGACUGUUUAUUGUAUCUUCAGAAAGAGUGAUUUCUGUUGGCAUACUCAUACAGUAAUAAAAGUAGAAAAAAAAUUAUUUUUCACCUAGUUAUGGUCUACCGAAGCUUAGCACUGUCCAGUGAGCUAUGAUAAGAAAUACUCAACUGUGAACUACUGGAUCCAAUUUCAAAGUAUUCAGAUCUCUGAAAACAUAAUCAUUUUACAAAAAUGUGAAUAUUACACAUUAAUUGUAUCCAUUCUAUAAUGGGUUGUUAAAGUUAUCAGAUAGGCGAGCCUCUUUAACUAGUACAAUUUAAAGGCUGUCUUGUAUGAGCACCGCAAAAACAUAUGGCUGACUCAAAUGGGAAUCAAAAGCUCUUGCACUCAAGGGGAACUGUCACUCCCCUGGAAUUCACACUAUUGAAUUGAACAUAAGUUUUUAUGACAUUGUUUCUGACUCAUUUUGAGGGAAAACGGUCACUUCCUUGAAUUGAUAACUUUGCUAUUUCUCUAUAAAUACACAAAAAAAAGUGUUUGACAGAUCUGACCAAUAAAGUAAAAUGUAGCCAUUCACACCAGUGUAUUUAUUACAAUACUGGAACUGAACGCUUCUAUCUUGACGUCAAUCAUUGUUCUGUCCUUUAUUGUCAUUGACCAUCGUACAGAAGAAGUUAUAUGCGAUUUUUUUUUUUUUUUUUUUUUUUGGUGUAUUAUUUUUUUUUAGUGAUGUAAAAAUCUCAUUGUAACGCGAAGAGCAUUUUUUCUACUGUUGCAAGGUGUUAUUCACUCUCUGCUACAUAAGGGGAAAAGCCACACCUAUAGAGCACUUUAGUUUGCUGAAAUGUUUUAUGUGUGAAGAAUGUGUCCUCUUCCUCUUCCUUUUUUUUAAAUUUUUUUUUUUAUUUAUUUUUAAUGUUUUACCGAUUUCAAUAAAAAUUGGCAUCUUGUUACCACCACCUGGCUCUCAAUCUGACAAUCUUUCCUGUUACUUCCUGGUUGUUUGGCACACUAGAGCUAAAUUCAAAAGGCUGCCAAUUGCUCAGUUCACCUGCCAUGAAAAGACUUUUUGUUGGAAAAUGCUAUAAAUGUACAGGUGACAAUAAAAUUGAAACUCUGCUCUCUAGAGGCAAACUAGUAGACAUUGUGAAUUAUUACUUUAAACACCCCUACUGCCAAUGUAAGUGCCUUUUCUGUGAGCAGAGUAACAAAUGCAGCCACCUGCAAGGAAGUAUUCUGCACAAUCACCAAGCUCAGCUGUACAUAACAAAAGUAAAGGAUUCUCGAUGUGUUAUGCACCACCUCCAAUCCGCCAUGAAUAGAACCUUUCUUACAUUCUAUCACAAUCUGUAUAACCUUGAUGCCAGGGGACCACGGAUUGAACCGGCUCAAUGACAAUGUAUGGUUUUUUUUGUUUUUUUUUAUUACUUGGAGGCAGCAGACCUCAAAAACGUUGCAGCUCCCAAAGAGCCAAUCCCACUGGAGGAGCUGGGGUUUGCAUUAAAGACCUCUAAAGCUGGGUGCUAGCCAGGACCGCAUGGGUUCCAUUUACUAUAUUACAAAAUGUUUUGUUUUUUUUCUCAGUUGAGUUUACCUCUGUUGUGUGCUCUCAACUCUAUUUUGGAUGGGGGUUCUUCCUCUGUGCACUUUUAAUCUGCUCACAUCACUCUCCUGCUGAAGGAUGGCAAGGACCCAAUGAUAUGCUCCAGUUACUGCCCUGUUCCAACCUUGAAUGUAGAACUCAAAUUCUUUGCCAACAUUCUGGCACAAAACCUGGCCCCUCCGUUGCCACCUGUCAUCCACACAAACCAAGCAGGCUUUAUUCUGGGAAGGGAAGUCAAGAUAACUCUGAUGCACCAGGCAAGGCGUGGGGAGGCCCCAAUCCUACUUUUGUAAUGAUGCUGAGAAGCCAUUUGACUGGAUGGACCGGGGUUUCAUGUUCGCUACUCUGCAGGAAUUUAGUGUAGGCUCAAAGUUUUUUGCUCUGGGUUGAUGCCCUGUAUGCUUGUCGGCAAGGCUGUGUAUUAAUGGGGUCUGUCAGAGCCGUUCUGUAUUGUAUUACAAAUGGCACCAGGCAGGCAUGCCCUUUGCCUCCUUUCCGGUUUGCCUAUGAGCCAUUUCUUAAACUGAUUCAGAAACUGGAUGGUGUGCGGUACCUACACAUUGCAAGAAGGCAUCAUAAGGUGAUUGCAUACACAAGCGACUUGUUGGUUGUUGAUCCAGAUCUGAUGAUCAUGCUGCAGACCAUCCUGGAUGAGUUCUCCUUGUAUGGCGCUGUCAUCAAUCUUAUGAUUAAUAACUCUAAAUCAGAGGUUCUUAACUAAUGAUUCUCAGAUGUGUUAUUUGGGAGUGUGACUCUCUUGAGAUCUGUGUACUCUAUGUACUGGUAAUUUCUCCCCUAUUUAAUAACCUUUGUUGAGCACCCUACAUAAAUGGCACUAAUAGCUAUAAAAAUGUCCAAACUUCCACGCUUGCUUUUCCGAUUUCAUGAGCCUCCAACUUAUUUUAAGCAACUUUGUCUGGAGAUCUAAACCACAAGUAUCCUCAUAUUGCAAAUUCCCAGUUGACAUUCCUCAAGCAACAUGGUGGACAAAAUGUUUGUGGCUGCCCAUCUCUCAAAGGUACUUUAAUGGCCCCAUACCGAUGACUGCAAGCUAUGGGUCAAUAUGAAAGCUGCCACUAUGAUGACAGAUAAUGGUGUCUACGCCACUUUAUCGAUUUGGAAACGCUUGGGGCCUAAGGUUUUUUGUUUGUUUUUUUUACACAUCUGAUUAGAGCUUCAUGGUUACCCUAUUAAAUAACCCAGACUUCCCCAUAGGGAUUCAUGGACCACUCCACCACUUCCUCGCUCCUAUGGCUCCAUUUUCGUUGGGAACCCUACCGAAGCUUUUUCAGAAUUUGCCUCCCACCUUCCUCCACCAUUUCGUCCAUACUCAAAAUCAUACAUUACUCCCAGCGACUCUAUCUUCCUCGAGAACGAACAUACCACGUUCAAAACAUUUUGAGUAGGAAUCUUCCUCGGCUUGAUGCCCUUCUGCCUUUAAUUGAUCUGCAAUAUACUGAUGAACAUUUAAUAGUUACUUUACCUGUCCUGAACCAAUAAGUGGGAGUUCAAUCCAAAUUUGACAUUUACUGAUGAAGACUGGUUAAAGAUAUUUACAUCUAUCCAUAAAAUCUCCUUCUUGGAUCAUCUGUAGGAGACAGGAUACCUCUUAUAAAUUGUUCACUGGAUUGUUUGAGAAUACAGUGGCUAUACAUGCCCAUGACCCCUCAUUAUCUUCCCUCUGUUGGAGCUGUGGUGAGAACGCAACAACCACUUCAGAUAUACAAAUUGGUGGUGCUACAGCUGAUGAAUGCAGUAAAGAUGGUCAUCCCACCUUUUUUAGUUGUUUCUUGGUGGCCGUUCCUUUUUUUGUUUUGUUCUUUCCAGGGUAUCUUUUUUUUUACAGUUUGUAGUAACCAGACAAAUUAUCAUAGGCAUGAAUCUGGUUCCAAUGGCCUGAUGAUACCGGUGAUGGCUUUUGAUCAUCUUCUGUUUUUAUACUAGUUAGUGUUACGUUAGACUUAUUCAUCUGUUUCCUAUUUUGUUGAAUGUGACACACUGAUUUACAUUUUUACCGUGAUACUACCUAAGAUUUUAAUCUUAAUAAAAACUGUUAUUAAACAAAAAGACUUCUCAUUGAUCUUCAUUAAAAAGCCUGUGAUUGGACAUCCACAGAAAGUCUGGGUUAGGGAAGAAUAGGGAGGCUAGAAAAGGCCGCAGACAAGAGAUCUGCAGCUUUCAGCUAUGCAAGCUGUUUUUAAUAAAUACCAACCAUGAAAAAUAUGCAUAAUUAAAUGCAUGCAUGUUUUCAUUUGGUGGGUUAAUAGACAAAACAGUGAUUUAACUUUUUUGAUGUUUGUGCAGUGUAGUGUCUAUUUAAAAAAUAAAAAUGGGGGAAAAAAGCAAAUUUACCUUACUAAAGAUAAACUUGUAGUUAAAGGACAAGGCGGGUUGUUUGAUUGUCAUUCUCUCUUCUUGGCUCAAUGCAAGUCAAGUCUCUCUAGUGCAACCUGUAGCUCAUUUACUUUCAACAAUAGGACAUGUUAAAACAUAACUAUUGGCUGUUGGUUUUAAUGGAAAUUAAUGCAUGAUUAGUUGUUUGGUAAUCCUGCUUUUCUGUAUGAAAUAAUUUGCAAAGAAGUAAUCUUUUUUUUUCCUUUUGUAUCUCGCAGAAUUUGCAGCUUCAUCCUAGUGGACAUGUACAAUUUCGAAUAAUAAAAAAAAAAAAAAAAAAAAAACCUCUGCUGACAAAAUAAGAUCACUCAAAGUAGAGAUUUACAUUGACUUACAAGAAAAAAGGCUAUAAGCCUCUUUCAUGUUAUCUGCUUUUUAUGCCAGUGAAAUGUCAAGUAGUUGUAUCCAUAUUUAGUUAUAAUGGGUCAUUGCACAAAAUGAGAAAUCAUUUAAAUACUUAAACUGCUAUGAAGGCCUACAGGGAAAACUCUCCCAUAGUCCUCUGCCAAUGACUACAGCAGGAAAUAGAAUGUUCUCUAAACAGGGAUUCCAUUAACAUGGCCUGAAGUUUUCUUCAGUUUGACCUUUUUAUAAUGAAACCGAUCAAGUGCAACAGACCAGAACAUUGUUUCUCACCCACCACCAUUCGCUGUUAUUGUGAUAAAUGAAUAAAUUUAAAUACAUGUUUGUGCUUCUCUUUGAUACCCCCUGUUUUGUAUCUCCUGUAUUUAUAUGUCUGUAUGUGUAUGUGUGUGUGUGUGUGUAUAUAUAUAUAUAUAUAUAUAUAUAUUACACGCAAAGCAGAACACAACAGUUUUUUUAGUAGAAGCAGUGAUGCUUUCAUUUAUUUUACAUCACGGCGGUGUACAGCACUAUUAGAAAUCAAUACCAAUAGUGCUAGUCGAUGUUUCAUUCCACGCAUGGACCAUUUAAAGGGACACUAUAGAGACCAAAACCACUUCAUCUCAUUGAAGUGAAAUGGAUGCAGUGUUCCUGUCCCCUUAACCCUGCAAUGUAAAACAUUGCAAUUUUAGAGAAACUGCAAUGUUUACAUUGCAGGAUUAAGACUGUCUUUAGUGGUUGUCUCACAGAAAUCCACAAGAGGCGCUUAAUGCUAUUUGGGGAAGACCUAAUGUGCGCAUAAAACUCUGCGCACAUAUGCAUCUAGAUCCCUCUCGUGCUGACACCUUUUUUUUUUUUUUUAGCAUUUUAAAUGCAGCAGGGGCAGAGGGACACUGUAGUGUUAGAAAUACAGCUUUGUGUUCAUAACAUUAAAGAGUUCCUUUAACGAAGUGCAAAUGAACAUACAAAAGAUACACAAUUAUACACAUUACUUUUUUGCUGUCUCGUACACUUUUUUUUUACUGUUUGUGCUCUUACAUGUUUUUGAUUAGAAGGGUAAAUGUAUUGAUUUUCCCUGUACAAACGUAAAUUUGACAUGUGGUUACACAAGCAACUGAACCCAAGAAUCCAUAUCAAAGUCAUCAUUUUAUCUUCUUCUCAUAGACUAAGAUGCCAUGUACUUGAAACCAGCAAGCCUACCACAUUAUCGUUGAAGGAAAAUUUGAAGUCUUUACCUGGUGACAGUGAUUUAAAUUUUAAGGUACAAGUUAUUCCAUACUUUUUGUUAACGAGACACUAUACGCAUCUCCUUGAAAUGGUCUGGGUGCAGUGCCCCUGUCCUCUUAACCCUGAAACAAUUUUUUUACUCUGUGAAAUUACGUUGGACUUCCUCACGCUUUGCUUUGCAUAAGGACGUCUCAAGUCUUCAAAUUCUGCAUAAGAAAUCAUAAAAUAUUUUAAUUCUUCUGAUUAUUUAUGCCAGUUCUAUUUGUUUAAUUUUUGCUUUGGCAUAGUGAGCUAACUUUUUGUAAUUACAGUGUGUGUUUUUGUUUGCGUUUGCAUGUUUGUAUAAUUUUGUUUCUAUUUUUCAGCUGAAUCAACUUUUACAGUCCAACAGAAGACUGGAAGAACAGAUUGGAAAUUGCAUCUGGUUUCAACAUUUGCUAGUCACUUUAUUGUCUGUUUUAGUAGCCAUUGUUGGUGCAGCUUUGUACUUGUCCAAAGGCCAAAGUAGCUAAUUUUUUAUUUUAAAACCAGGAAUGAACUUCCUAUGUUAAUACAUCAUACAACUUUUCACCAAAAGGAUUUAUAGAUAACCUACCAAAGUUGCCUUGAACAUAAAAAAUUGUGAACUGUAACCGCAAAAAGGAGCAGAUGUGCGGAAAGGAAAAACUAAUUUAAACUAUUCGUUUAACCAAGUGAAAGACACUAGCAGAAUUUAUUGCAUUUUUCUCUAACACACAACGGUUUGAGUGAAGAAAUGUUUUAGCUGACCAUGAGAAAUUCAUAACACGUUUUCAGCAACAACAACAAAAAAAAAUGGCUACAGUGAUUUAGAGAAUGUACAUCUGCUUUCAUCUCUUCAGAUUCAAUAUCCCUGAGCAUCAAUCCAGCUCAUCCAUGUGAAUACGAAACUUACAUUUAAUUUUCAUACAGCAAAUAUAAAGAGAUGGGAAGCGUACAGGCUGUCUCAGUUGGGCAGUAGAUGUAGAACACUCCAAAGGGAUUGACAAAUAAUGCAUGAUAGAGUAAAACCUCACUGCUAUCUGUACAUAUUUGUGAAUGCGUAGCGUCUAUGUGCAUGCAUAAUAAUUAUUUGAGUCAAAUGCAUAUUUUUUGUUAAAUAAGCCGAGAAUGAACGCCAUUGAUUAUCAGUAUUAGUUUUCUUUAUGUUUAGCUUUUAAGACUGCUCGUUUGCCUUAAAUGUUUUCCGCAGAUUGCAUCCUAUAAUUUGAAUUACUUCAUCAGAAUAUAGCUAAAAGGUCGUCACUACAUAUAGGGAUACAUGAUGCUGCAUCGUUAAACUUGCACAACAAAAGAAGCCAUUAAAAGGCCUUGUGAGAUAUAGUAGUGUAGUACAUUUAGGGAGACAUAGUGUUGGACUAGAGGGGUCCUUACAUUUAGGUGGUGUUUAGUAGACGUGCAGAUUUUUUAUUUUUUUUCUCAUCCAUAAAUAAUCUAUUCCUUCAGAUCAAAAGCCUUUUAAUCAACACCCAAAUGAAUGGAUCUGUCUGGAAAAUAAGUGAAUUAUGAAGAGAAUCACUCAAGGGCUGAUAUAAUCGACAAAUCGAUUUGUUUAUGGACGAAAAUUUUUCGCAUAUGUCUAGUUUGGGAUUAAAAAGAAUUAUGGUUAGGGGUUAUCUUCCUUAUAGGUAUCGUGAACUGUAACAACUAUAAUUUGGAGUUGACACUCCAUCCAAAACCCACAGUAAUUCUAAAAAACUGCCAUAACCCUCUAACUGUAACUUAGUGACAUCUUUUUAAUGCAUUUUUAUGUGCAACAUUUUAAUAACACUGCAUUUGUAUUAUCACCACUUCAAUAUAAUUUUUCCCUUUUUAAAGCGCACAUUUGUAAUGUGAAUGUUUAAAAAAAGUAAGUGCUUUAGUUUAGAUGGUUCAAUGCUAUGAUAUGCAAUAGUUGGCAAAGUUUGAACCAAUAGCAUACCCAUCUAAUUAUCCCUUGCCACUGGCCAUUUAUUACUAGGCUUCUCACCCCAUGCAGGGUUUUAAUCACACAAGGCACAGCAAGUUAGAUCAAUUCUCCGGUUUCCUGCUGUAUUGAACAAUAAAUAUUUUAAAGCGGUUUGCUACCCAGUUUAUUUUGAAAUAGUCUAAGUUUUGUAAAAGAUGAUGACCAGUUAUUUCCUUGUCAUUCAACGCUGUAGAAAGUACAGAUAUACAUUACUCUAAGGUUAUGUGGCAGAAUCUUUCCAAUAUGCAGUUUCUUUGGAUGUUGUUUUCUUGACAGUCACCUUAACAUUAUCAACCUCAAGCAACUUGGAUCCUAUAGCUUUUUUAGAUUGCAAGAACAGUGUUUUAAUAAGUAAAUUCAACAUCAUUGUGACACUGGCCAAAUUAAAUUUUUUAUUCAUUUGAGUAAAUAUGUGUACCUUGAAGGGACACUACAAGCACCGUAUACCCCAGAAUUUCUUAUAGUUAUGGUACAUUAAAGGGACACUGUAGGCUCCCAGACCAUGUCCACUCAUUGAAGUGGUCUGGGUGCAAACUCCCAUCACCCUUUUUAUAAACUGCCUUUAGUGGCUGUCUACCAGACUUUCGGAAUUGAAACAGACUUUUGGGCCGUUAUCUGACUCUGGAUGUCCUCACGCUUUGCAUGAGAACUUCCAGCGUCAGAUUUUCCCCAUAGGAAAGCAUUGAAUAAUACAUGUCAGCGUGGGAGGAACGUGGGCAACACUGAGCGAGUGCCGAGGGACUUCGGCGCUGGACCCAGGUAAAUGACUGAAGGGGUUUAAACAAAUUUAUUUUCCUGGCACUAUAGUUUCCCUUUAAGGCUUUUGGUUGUGUCCUGGAAAAGCUUAUGGUGAAUAGCAUUUCUAGAUCAACUUAUACCUUGUUGCUUACAGCAACUCACUGCAGGUUAGAUUUCCCCAUGAUGAUCCAAGAAAAACAUUUAACAAACAAAGAGUCUACAAAAGCUGCGGUACUUAUGGUGUUUAGAGUGCCUCUUUAAGAUUGCUUAACUAAGGUAGGCAAUAUUUCCUGCAUCCAUUCCUGCUAGAGUACAUGGCAUCUGAUCAUAGCUCAUGGCUGCAUAGUCACCGUGGUAAGAUGUCUCGCUUAGAAUUUUGAUGUUGCACAAAUGCCUAUGUGCCCCCAAUGUAAUUGCCUUAUGUAAUUUAUACUACUAUGCCAGUAGGAUAGUGGAAUAAGAAUUUGAAACGUCAGUCUAGAAAUAACGUAAGCAAGAUAUUUGCUAGCUUUUUGGCCAGCACAGUCUGUAGAUACAAUUUCAUUAACUGCAAAUUGCCACCAUGUCAGACGUACAUGGCCGGUGCGUUUUAAUUAAAAUGUGAAAAAAUAUAUUUUGUACGUCUUUGAAAGUAUUACAAUUUUUUGCUAACUUUUUAAUGGUUUGAAAAUGAAUGUAAUGCAUUAGGUUGUGCUAUUUUAGUAGCAUUUGUGAUAAUAUUUAGAUGUUUUUCCUCUGUAAUCUUGUUUUGUUUUUUUUCUCCGCAGGUAUGCAUUGGGUAUACUAAUGUGGGAAAUAUUUAUAAUAACUGCAAUUUGGUUCAGCUUUGUUUCUGAUUUAUGUUUUAUUUAUACAGCAAAGUGUUGCUUAUACUGUUAAGUUGUUCUUUGCUCCUUAAUUUGCUGGUUUUCUUUGUUUUAUUAUAGUUUUUCCAGCUGUGUAAAUAUAGUAACUUUAUCACGAACUGUGAAUUCAAGAUUCCCAAAAUCUUUUAAAAUUUUACUGCCACAGGUAUAGCAGGUUAUUCCAUCUUGACCAUGUUGAUGGCAGUGUAGCUAGGGGAUCCAUUAAGGCACGCCAAUCUAUCAAAUAUGCGUCGACCAGAUGAAACGAAGUUCUAAAUUCCUCAUGUUUACUCGUCAUGACUAAAACUACCAUAUAUACUUGAGUAUAAGUCAAGUUUUUCAGCACAUUAUUUGGGCUGAAAAACCCCCACUCGACUUAUACUCGAGUCAAUGUCUGUAUUAUGGCAACUUACAUUGCCAUAAUACAGACCAGGACCGCCGGACUCAUUACAAGCCCGGCGGUCCUGUUGGGGGCUGGCAGCGAGCUGUUACUUACCUUUACAGCAGCUCUGUCAGCUACCUUCUCUCUCCUCCGAUCCGGUCAGCUCCAGUGUAAGUCUUGAGAGAGCCGCGGGGUCAGAGCGCGAGACUUACAGGGGAGCUGACCGGAGCUGCAGGAAAGGUAAGUUACAGCUCGCUGCCAGCCCCCCUCCUACACAGCCCAUCCACUGGACCACCAGGGAAUGAGAGCCCCCUCCCUGACCAGCUAACAAGCAGGGAGGGGGGAUGAAAAAAAAUAUAAAUAAAACAUUUAAUAAUAUUUAAUUUAAAAAAAAAUUAUAAAAAUGCCCACCCUCCACCAAGGCUCUGCAUCACACACACACACACACACUGCAUUCAUACACACACACUGCAUUCAUUCGCACAUUGCACUCAUACACACACUGCAUUCAUUAUAUACACACAUUGUAAAUAAAUAUUCAAUUAAUAUAAUUUUUUUGGGAUCGAAUUUUAUUUAGAAAUUUACCAAUAGCUGCUGCAUUUUCCACCAUAAUCUUAUACUCGAGUCAAUAAGUUUUCCCAGUUUUUGGGGGUAAAAUUAGGGGUCUCGACUUAUAUUCGGGUCGACUUAUACUCAAGUAUAUACAGUAAGUGACCUGAACAUAUCGUUUAUCUGCUGCCAACAUUGAUAGAGCACAUUAUUUAUUUUAAAUAAAAAAAAUUCUUUAAAUAAAAGCCCUUUGAACAGAUACUCUGUGGUGGGGAGAAGAGAAGUAAUUGCCAAACUAUUCAUGUCAGAGAGGAAGCUUGCAUUAUACAGAUUUCUUAAUUUGCGAGAUAUAAGUAUAAUGAACAGCCAAUCGGAACAUAACCAAGCCUACAAAGCAUAGGUCAUCCACUGAAAACUCUUCUUUCUUUGCUGCUCCUCUGAGCAUUAUUCAUUGUGAUUGUAUGAUAUAUAUUUUCCUAUAAUACUUUGUUUAGAUUUGGAUAUAUAUUCAUUAAGCUGAAGUGGUCCUUUAACGUUGCCUCUUCCUUCCCUUAACGUUGCCUCUUCCUUCCCUUAACGUCUGUAAUGAGUGAGCGCCAUUCUCCAUCUCUCUGCCCGCCCAUUUUUCGAGGCCUGUGGGAUUUUGUCAGCUGCAAUGAACAGCUGAAUUGUUUGUCAGAGGUGUUUCUGACCAGAAUUAACAUUCCCAUUUCUCCUGCAUAUAUGCUUUUUCCCUACCCAUUUUCCCACAGUUUCCUGCAGUUUUACUGGGUUGUUGUUUUUUUGUUUUCUUUUUUGACUCUAUUAGUUUACAUUAGAUUUUAGUUUUUUUUUAUACAUUUUUAAUAUGUAUUUUUUCCAGUUAAACCUUUGUUUUAAUGUAUUUCCCCUUUGAUUAUGGCUUCUAAAUCUCAACCCAAGUUACAAACUGAAUGUGAUUAUUUUUUUUAUUUUUUUUUCUCAGUAAGUAAAAUUUUCAGACUUUGUUAAAUUAUUUUGUUAAUAAGCCUUUGUCAAAAUCUAUAAUAAUAAUACUUUCAUUAGGCAAGUGUUCCCUCUCUAUUUUUCUUGGGAAACCUUGGGUGUCAAAAUCUCCUAUAUUUUAACAUGAAAUUCUUGGGUAUUGAACAUGAUUCUAGGAUAUCAAAUAAAAUUUCUUACUUAUGAAUGUCAAACCUCUCUGCCAAACGCUAACCAUUUUUUUUUUAUUAUUAUUUAUUUUUUACAGAAAACAAAUUUCUGAUAAGUUACUUAAAGGAACGCUAUAGGUACCCAGACCAGUUCAUCUUAUUUAAUGUUAUCUAAAUGCAGUGUCUGUCAUUUUAGGCUUGUAGCUGCAAACUUUGCAGUUUCAGGGAGAGGUAAUACUGCCUCUAGUGACUGUCACCCGAUAGCCACUAGAGGCACUUACUGCAGUUCCAAGGAGUUUGACUCCAUGAAAUGAUGCUGGACAAACUCCUGCUUUGGAAGAGGACAUCCAGCAUCUUUAAAUCCCUCAUAGGAAAGUAUUGAGUCAAUGCUUUCCUAUGGGUAAGGUCUACUGGGGGUUCCCCCCAUUGGCUGAUGUCGGAGGAGUAGCCAGAGGCAGCGCUGGAAUCGGGUAAUAGAAAAUAAGUUAAAUAACACUUUAUUUGCAGCAGAGUCUGGGUUUAAGCAAUGUUUUCCUGAUUUAAAAAAAAAAAAAAGUGAUGCAGGGUUCAGACCUGUCAUACAUCUGAGGUAAAUUGCCUAUCCUAAAAUACAACAAUUUCAAAGUGGAUGAGAUUAAUUUCCUCUUUGAUUUAUUAAUUCAUAAUGAUUGGUUAAUCAAGAUUAACCUCAAGAAUGCUUAGCUUACAGUUUAUAAAUUCCUAGAAGCAUCUUCAGUUUGUUUGGAAUGGAGUGAAAUAGCAAUUUAUUUGCCUUUUGAUUUAGUCGCUCUUCAGCAACUUGAUAUCUACCAAAGUUACUGAAACCACUGGUAUCUUUGAGAAGUCAACUAAUUAUAUACUUCGAAUGCAUCCUUAUAGACAAAGCUGAAAAUAGACAAUAUAUAAGCAGCUCAUCACAUAAAUCGUCUAGGGGACAUGAAAUCCAAACAGUUGGCAGAAGUAUUUUUGGCAACUCUAUCUAGAUUUAGAUACUAUGUUAUGGACAGGCAGAAUGUUUUCCAGGUCUUUCCUACACAAUCAUGGAAUGGAACUCAGGGUUCCUUUGCAAUUACUGCAGUUAAAAAUUAGAUCCAUUUUCCAGCAGAUAAAUACAUAUUUUUUGCCUCCUGGCUAAAUUGCCAAUUCAAACUUUUUUUUCAGCUGGUGUCCAGAUCUAGGUGUAGAUGCUUUCUUUCAAACUUGGCCUCCGGGAACUAAUUAUGUGUUCUCGCCCUUUGCAGUGAUUCCUUUGGGGGUUAUUGUAGACUAUAACACAAAAGUUGACCUUGGUGCCUAUCACUCCAAUUUCUUAGCCUGCUGAGAGAUAUUCCCAGAUUACUGCCAUCUUUCACAUUCUUCUAGACCCAUUGGGAAAAUGUCAUCCUCUAGUUCCAGCAAAUCAUCUUCCCUUGAUGAAACUCCUCUUGAACUUUGUAACACAACUAGAGACACUUGGGCUCUGGGUGCAAGAGCUAAUUACUGAUCAGCUUUGGCUUUGUUGGGGCUUGGAAUAGGAUAUGGACCACGUGCCUUCCUCUGUACUACAAAUACUAAAUUUUCUUACUAAUGGAAUUCAGCUUGUUCAGGCUUACCAUACAUUUGUCUAUCGUCAUCUAUCGAUGGGUUCCCAGUGGGGAAUAUGUUGUAUGCAAACUCGUGAGAGGUAUCAGACUUAUACAUAUAAAUGUAUAUAAAUGUGCAUAAUAUGAGCUUCUUUGUCAGACAUAAAAUUCUUUAUUUUCUUUGCAGGUGCAGGAAAAUAUAGAUUUUACUAAAGAUCGGAAAGGAGGCAAGCACUGUCCCACCCGUACAAUUAAAUAUUUUCUUCCCUUUUCACUGUGAUUUAUUUUCAAUUGUUUGGGGAUUUCCAAGUUGUUCUGGUUUCCUCUUGAUUAAUUUCUUAUUAAAGUAAUUUAUCACAGUAUGAAAGAGGAAGUUUCAACAGAUGAUCCAUGUUUUAUAGAGUUGGUUAUAUCUCGAUUGGCUGUUUUUUUGUUUUUUUCUUGCAUUCUAACUUGGUUGUUUAAUAUAUAGUUAUAUCUUCAGAGGAUUCUCCAACGUCUCUGAAUUCAGGUGGUCCACAUGGAUGGUUUUCAAUUUUCUUUUGACUAAUUAGUAUUCCAUUUUGAUGAACUGUAAAAUAUUAGGCAUAUAUUGUACAAUACAAGUUUGGGCACUAUUGGAGACAUUUACAAAGAGUUAUAUUUGUGAAAAGCAGCCAGAAAGAUACAAAGAAAAUGUCUGGGCUAAUUCAUCCAUUUUGGAGCUUUGCCUCAGAAUUGUAAUGAAAUUGUCACUUGUGAGAUAUUUAUAUAUCCACUUGUAUAAUGGUGGCCAGGUUGAGAGAGGGAACUCCUUAGAAAAUGUAUUUACCUUUAAGUCUGCCCGGUGCAUCAUUUCACUACCAUGCUUCUUCAGCCUUUGUCACUAUUAUCUAUAUCUAUCACUAUUAUCUAUGGCGGAUUCAGUGAGGCUGUAGAUAAACUUGUACCUAGUCCAUAUAUAUUUGGGAUAAGAAAUGAGGAUCCAUUAUUUGAUAUUUCUGGAGAGUCUUGUUCAAUCAGAGUGUAUCAAUCUAUAAUAUCUGGUUAACCAAGUGGAGUAACGUUGGAAGAUGAUGGUACGUAAAAAAACGUUUUAUAUGCUGCUUUUUAGGUCUCUUGUAAAGCACCAAUUCCAGUACAUUGACAUAGAAUUCAUUAAGUUCCUAUUAAAAUUGUGCAGAUUCUGAGAGAGAGAGCCUACCGUAGAUUUAAAUCCAUAAGUUGUUUGGAAGAGAAGAGAUAUGUGUCGUUGUUUCCCUCUAGUACUAAAGCUAAAACAUAUUUUUCAACAAUUGAAUAUAUGUUUUGUAGAGGAAAAUAUAUGAUGGUUGGGGCAAGUACUUGUCCAGAAUUAACACCAAGGGCAAAGGCCAAUGCUAAAAUUAAGUCAUGUCUGGAAUUUGUGUUUGCCAUUAAAUAAAAUCUAAAAGUACUAUUAAUAAUCUAUGAAACAAGCCUUUCUCUGCGCGUUCAUUUUAAAUAAAAAAAAUAAAGUAACGUUCUAUUUAAUGAAAGCAUUUUUAUACGCCAUUUAGCUCCUUUCAGGUGCUUCUACAAGUGAACAAAACAUUUAUGCGCAUGUGUUUAAAGUAUGCGUGAGUCCAUAAAAUAGAUGAUGUGCAGCUCUUAUUUUGAACAUUGAAAAGUGAAUGUAUGCACUGAAUUCAAUCCAGUAUUGAUUCUAGUAGAAUUCUUGGUGCCAUGAAAGAUACCACGUCAACCCCUUUUUUGAGACCAUGUUUGUCAAAUCUAAACUUUUUUGAGACCAUGUUUGUCAAAUCUGAACUUUUUCUCGGUCUUGAAGGGUUUCACAUUUUUACUUUUUCCAAUUCAUGAAUUAUGCUUUUCACUUGCAAUAUUAAGGUUAAUUUUUUUUAAUUUUUUUUUUUCUACUGGAGGUUGUGGAAAAAAAAAUUACACUAAUCGACUGCUCUUUCUGACAGCAUGUUGGUUAAUGCACUAAACUUGUAAUUGAAUCGAAGUCCUAAUGGCAUAUUUUAGGCUAACUUUAUCAAGCUGUAACAUUGCAGAGUUCGUCCUAACUAAAUAAUUUGAUCUAUAUUUUGCCAAUCGGAUUUCAGUUUAAACACAUUUGAGUGCUAUAGUUCAGAACUCUUUAUAGACCGUUUUUUUAACAUUCAAAUUUAUCUCAAAUAUACUAUGCAUCAAAUAAUACAUACUUGGAUUUUUUUACUAUACCAUAUGAAAAAUGUUAU